UUGGUGUCACCAGUCACCGCAUCGUGCACUCAGAAAACUACCUCAGGCCAAUGUUGCAGUAUUCCUUUCAGUUACGAGGGAGUGACCUACAAUUCUUGCACUUCUGCUGAUUAUGGCGUACCCUGGUGUUCCUUGGAUCCUGUGUAUAAAGGACCAUUUGGCGAGUGUGGUGAGUUUUAAUUUGACUUAAACAGUAAAGCGUCUCUACUCUGUCUUUUAACAGGCGGUGUGCGUCACGACCCACAAAGUGUCAUGGGUAAAACUGUUAAUGUACCUCAUCAUUCGCGACACGCUCGAGUACGCAUCUCGUGAGAGAGAUCAACAAAAACCUGCGAUUAAAACAGUGCUUCGAUUUCUGAUAAACAUUACGGAAGAGAACAUGAAGAGAGCGAUUUGGAGAAUUUUCAAGAUCUCAUAGUGGCCUUAGAUGCUUGCUAUUGGCUUGAUAAGGCAAUUUCAAUAUGUUUAUCGCGAUUCGGAUACGAUCGAAGGUUCGAUUUUAGCCGAUCUUAAGCCGGCGAUUUCCUGCUUCUCAGAAGAUUUUAUGUAUUGUUUGGCGCUGAGUUUAUGUGUAUAUUUUUAUCUCAGAGUAAAAGAGAUCUGUCGUUCAUAGGUGGAUUUGCUUGCAUUUGAAUGAAAAAAAAUAUAUAUUAUCAAAAAUCGAGUCUUGUACUUUUUCUUUCUUGGUGUCACCUAACCUGAGACCAGGCGUUAUUUUAUUUUUUAAUUUUUUUUUUUUUGCGUCUUUGCUUCUUUGGCUCGAGAGGGAAAAAAAUAACGCCUGAUACAUUUAUUUAACAAGCCGUCAACCGCCCCCUAAUUUACAUAAUCUAACGUCUGCUUGACCUGUCAUGUUAUUAACCAAUAAGCCUUUACAAUACGGGAAUCAAAUUUUGGCGCGAAUAAUGUCUCUUUUUAGCCUGAAUUUCAUUCGAUUACUUCGAGUCUUUAUUACUCCCUCAGUAACAUCGUUGUUGAGAGGAGAAAACGACUCGAACCAAUCGGAUGAAUUUUAGGCUAGUCUCUUUUGAAAUCAAUUUUAGGGAAAAGAAAAUGUUCAAGUACGUCCAUGUUCAGAUGGCGCUUCCUAAAAAAAGUUUUAAUGUGUUGUUUUUGUGAUGAAAUACUGCUAGCUGAAGCUGCCGUACCUUUAUUUAACAGCUACAAAUAAUAAAGAAUUUACUGAUCUUUACUGGUUAAAGCUCGUUGACUUCGUUCUGUGCCGAAAGCAGUGAAAAAUAAAAUUUGGCUGAAGCGCCAUAUUUCACGAACUGAAAGGUGUUGUAAACGCGAAGAUCGCUCAGAAUAAUUCGCAGCAUGAUUUCUGAAGGAGGAAUAACAGCCAAACCAGGUCAAGAUUCCAAUCAUGAAUUGAUUAUUUGAAAAGUGAACCCAUUUGUCGCUUCUGUAACUUGUAGCCGGUAUCAAUGCAAAUUGCAUUUAAAUGAUCGGUGAAGUUUUGACUGCAACUGUUUUAGUAUACGAUGAGAUGGAAAAUAUUUCAGUGGAUGAAACUACUAUUUAGGCAUUCUUCAAAUUCAAGAAAACUGAGCCGGCAGAAAUUUCAUAACGAACUCGCGUGUGUAUUCACUGCUCAUUACGCAUGCAAAAAUGCCGACUGAAAUCAACAACAACUAACGGAUGGCGGCAUUUUCGCCAAUCGGAACAACGCAAAUCAUCCAUAUCGUUUCCUAUCCAAUCAGAAAAAAGUCCAGAUUCUGGCUUUUUUACAUGUGAUCCGACAAUGAAAUGUAUCAUGCCCUCUUCUCGUGAGAGACAUAAAGGGAUAAUAGGGAGAGGGCUUGAUCUCAGGCUAGGUGUCACCAGCCGCAUCGUGCCAUCAGAAAACUACCUCAGGCCAAUGUUGCAGUAUUCCAUUUAAAUACAAUGCAGUGACCUGCAACUCUUGCACUUCUGCUGAUUGGCACAGACCCUGGUGCUCCCUGGCUCCUGUGUAUAACGGAAGGUGGGGCGACUGUGGUGAGUUUUAAUUUGACUUAAAGAGUAAGGCGUCUCUACUUUGUCUUUUAAUAUGAUAUCAUCAACACACCAAAGAUUUACAUUUUCGCUUUUUUGGUGUCACCAGUCACUGCAUCGUGCCAUAAGAAAACUACCUCAGGCCAAUGUUGCAGUAUUCCAUUUAAAUACAAUGCAGUGACCUACAAUUCUUGCACUUCUGUUCAUUGGCACAGACCCUGGUGCUCCUUGGAUCCUGUGUAUAACGGGAUAUGACUGCCGUGAGUUUAAAUUGACUCAGCUAAAGCAUAUUUAGUGUAUGUUUCAAAGUUACAUUAUCAUUAUACCAAGAUCAUUGUGUCUUUUCUUUGAUAGCGUUACCACUCACCACAACGUCACCAACUGUUUGCACUCAGAAGACAACAUCGGGCAAAUGUUGCAGUAUUCCAUUCAAAUACAGGGGAGUGACCUACAGUUCUUGCACUAAUGCUGAUCACAACGGACCCUGGUGCUCCUUGGAUCCUGUGUAUAAGGGGGGAUGGGGCAACUGCCGUGAGUUUACAUUGACUCAGCUAAAGCAUCUUUAGUGUGUAUUUCAAAGUUAGAGUAUCAUUAUAUCAAGGGCACUGUCUUUUCUUUGACAGCGUUACCAGUCACCACACCGUCACCAACUGUUUGUCCUCAGACAACAUCAGGCAAGUGUUGCAGUAUUCCAUUUAAAUACAAGGCAGUGACCUACAAUUCUUGCACUAAUGUUGGUCACAACAGACCCUGGUGCUCCUUGGAUCCUGUGUAUAAAGGAAAUUGGGGCUUCUGUGGUGAGUUUUAAAUUAGCUUUAUUUUAUUAAGGCAUCUUUACUGCCUUUUUAAACUGACUUUAGUUUGCUUGUUACAUUCAAGUCCUAUUAUGGCUCUUGAUUCAAGCUAGGGAAAAAACGCUGAAAAAGGCACACAUUUGCGAAGCAAAACAUUAACAGACCAGCAGAAACUUCCCUCGUGGUUCUUCACUUUGUAAUGGUCCGUCUCUUGUCGGUAAAAUUAACCAGGUGAUGUUAGAGAUUCCCACGCUCUUACUGUCCCAAGACUACUUCAGAUCCCUUGAGUAAUAAUCCUGAGAGAGGUGAUUAUAGUAAUCUUUCAUCGAUUCAAUUGCACGCAGACUGUGAGCAGCGACGAAUACAAUGUCGAUUCGGAAACGUCUUACAGACGAGUUUUGAUAAUUCGAGAUAACAUAUUUUAAUGCCGGAUUAUUUGAAAGCUUUGGAUGCCUAACGACUUAAAAAGUCUAAAAGAAAAGAAAAUAAAGGAAGUGAUCAUAUCUCAAAGUCCACAAAAAAAUAGUUCACAUAUAAGAUUUCCGCAAUUCGAUCGCUUUCUUUUUCUGUCCCAUGGUGGAGGCUUCAUUGUAAUUUUCUCACCAGAAAAGUUAGCAGUGUUAUUUUUAUUGACGGAGUUUAAGCCCUUUCCCUAUUGCAAACUGAUGAUAAACCUCGUAUGCAUUCGUUGCUCCUGUAUUUUGCUGGAAUGCAAUUACCCCUUGAAGGAUCUUGUGAUGUGGUAGACAGGUUUAAAUACUGUUUCGAGAGAAAAAAAAAACAAAAAAAAACUUGCAUUUCAUUAUAUUGUGUCACAACUAUUUAUUUGCAGAUUGUGCUAGCUGGGGUCGUUUAAUCUACUGAAACCACUAAAAGUGAGUAUUUACCUUAGUUUAUAAACCUAUAAAAGUUCCUUGUACUAGUCAAUUUAUAAUUAAUCACCCAUUUCAUAAUGAAUUUUUCACUUAAUUGCGUUCAUCUUUGAUUUAUUAGCACAAGGAAGCUUAAAUACAUAUAUGUGACUUUAUAUCAUGGACCCUGGAUUUGAAAGACUCAAGGACUACAAUCUAUCAGAAGAGUACAUGAUUUCAAACAAACAAAACUUAAAAUUUAACCUCCACUGAAUCGAGAUGUGAAAGCUUUCUUAGCUGACUAAAGCUGAGUAAGCGAGAUGCUAAGAGUAAAUAUUAAUCUAAAUAGUGUGAGACAAUAAAUAAAUAAAAUAAAAUAGGCAAACAAGAUACACCUAAAAAAUGUCACUUUUGUUUUCUCUUUAUUUUUUGCAGUUUUUGCUUCCUUUCUCAUCAAUGACGUCAUUGAUCAAAAUUUGGUGAGCGUUACCUUGACGUGAAAAAUUAACCGGUGUUGUUGUGAAAGACAUUUUGAACGAGUAAAUAAUUUCUUUGUUGGUACCCAGUUCGACAUGUUCGGGACCUGGCGAUCAACACUUCUCAGAAAUUAAUACCCGAACAGAACAGGACUUUACAAUAAAGGGGUCAAUUAACUGUGAUUUUUUGCAUGGUGUUGGGGACUAACAGAAAGGAAGAUUUAGUUGUAAUCAAGUUUGUGAACAAUAAACAGAUUGACCGAAAAGCUGAUGGUGCAACAGAUAGCGCUUCCUUCAGAUCGAACAGAUUUGCGAUAGGAAUUAGUUUAACUUAGAGAACUUAGAGGAUCUCUCAAAGCUUGAUUUACGAAAGACAUCUGCAUUGUUUAAAUCAGCGUUGGCCAGCUGGAUUGAGUAACUAUUAUCACAUUUUAGAAUAAAUAGAAAUACGAGCUAAAUUAAAAAACUUAUAGAAGAGACCACCAGCUUUCUAAUGUCUCUACUGGAACGAAACAAUCUAAAGAAUAAACAAUGACUUAUCACUGGUAACUGGGAAUCCAAAGGGAAACGAUUCUCACUGACAUAAAACUGCAAAAAUUGAAAACCUUGAAAAGGUUUCCAUUUAAACGCUCUCAGCUAUGUGAAAAAGAAAAAAAAAAUUCAAAAUAGACACGAGGUAACUCUGUAAGAGAGUUAAGAGAAUUAAGAGACUAUAAACAACUCAAAGUGUAGCCCAUUUGGAAACAGGGUCAUACUGUAACAUUCCCGGUAGCCGUGUCACCAUACAGACCCCGUGAAGAGAGGUAAUAAACAGAGUUUUGUACGGGGAGCCUUCGCAAUGUCCAGCACCUAUUUUUAAUACAUAGGGCUAAAAGCAAGCUCUCGUUAAUAUACUUAUAGUUUCUUCAUAUAAAAAACUAAAAUUCUGUAAUGCUAAAUGGCGAAGGCAACGAGAAGGGCAAAACAUAAAAAACAAAAACAAAAGGUCUAAUAAGCGAAAAAGAAACAUCAUUGCACGUACAGCACAUGUUUUUGUACAUUUUUAUGCUGUUUUCCACGUAAAACUUCCAGAAAUUUCCUAGUUACUCGUUUUAUAGAGGAUAUGUAGCAUGUGUUUCUGUCUGCUUUUUUUUUUUUUCACUGCCGCUCAUUUUUACCUUGGUGGCCGCUAGAUAGCCUCUCCGCCAGUAUAACAUUUUCAGGUUUUUCUUUUAACGAAACUCGUCUCUUUUGUAUUUUAUCUCUCGCUUCAGCUCUUUCUCUGUUAUCCACGUCAGUGUUAAGCCCCGUGCAAACGGACGCAGUAUUGUUGGCCAGCAACUCCCAACAUUGUUGGAUGUUACAUGUUGCGUCCGUUUGCACACCCUGUUGCAUGUUGUUGGAUGUUAAGUUGUUGCGUGUUGUUGCGAAAAGUUUGAAACCGGUCAAACUUUUCAGUCAACAACUCCCAACAUUUCUUUUGUUCCGUGAUCGCCGAAGCGUAGCGCAACAAUGUUGGAUCCGUUUGCACGCAGCCUUAGCCUGCAAACUGCAGACGUUUCUCCUCGCUCAUCGCCGCUGAGGGACGUUUCGCGAGGAGGAACGUUUGCGACUGAGCGACAGAAAUUCCAUACUGAUGACGCAAAAUCUGUCCAGAAUCCGGUCAGAAGCGCUAAUUGGUCGACGGAGCAGUCUCAUUGUCCUAGCUAUUGUUUACGAAUGACAGACAAAAGACAAAAGACGGCAAAAGUCAAAUGUAAACGCGAUGAAUCUCUAGCAAAACAGUCAAUCUGUGUGGAAUAUAGUCUUCUCUAGAAGAAGCAUUUGAGUUUUGCUGGAGCUCAUUCGCAGAUGAACACAACACUUUUCCAAAAUCGACCUGGAGACACGUAAAAUUGAACAAAUUUGCAUUUGGAACCCCAUGACUACCGGAUUUAUUAUGUAGACAUUGAUUAACGUUAGACUACGAGUGGUCCCCAUUUUUCCUCUGGGAUAGUAGAGCGAGCAAAACGCGAGCGCGCGGUGAAAAUCACCCCACGCGAGAAAAGGCGACACCGCGUCUCGCCUUUCUCGCGUGGGAUGAUUUUCACUCGCGCUCGCUCUACUAUCCCUGAGGACAAAUGGGGGAAUACUCGUAGUGUUGAUUUACUUCAUCAGUAUGGAAUUUCUGUCGCUGAGUCGCAGACCUUCCUCCUCGAGAAACGUUCCUCAAUGGCGAUGAGCGAGGAGAAACGUCUGCCAGUGUAGACAUUAAAAUUUAGUCGAAAAGAAGGACUCGGCUAUGUUGUUAUUUUUUUCUGUCUAGGUGGGCUGGAGCAUUUGGAAUUGUGGUUGAUAAAAAACACAUGGCCCAGCCCCUUCCUUCGGCCCAAAAUGACUGACCCACCCCUAAAGCAAGGUGUUGGAAGUUGCAUGACCCACCCCCUAGUUAAAACAUGGAUGUUUGGUUUCCUCUUAAUAAUCCAAUAAAACCUUGUUCUGUGCUUGACAAAAUUUGUUGGUACACUGCUACAACCAAUAUGAAAAUCACAGAAAUCAUACCUUUCAUUGAAAAGACAAAUGUGAAAAACCGAACAUUUCUUGUUUCGAUGGACGUUGAGUCUUGACACAAAAUAUAGAGCAAAAUGAGGGUAUAUUGAAAUUAUCUGUCACAAAGCAUAUGAAAAUGUCUACAAAGACAACCCAUUCCUAGACAUUACUUGCCUGAAAUGCUUAGAUUAAUUAAUCCUCGAAUAAAAUUUCUUCCACUUCAAUGGAAAGUACUACCUACAAAACCAUGGAACUGCAAUGGGCACAAAGACAGCAGUUUUGAUUCCUUUGCCAUUAUUUUCAUGACAUAUAUUGAAGCAACAACCCUAAGCAAAACUGUCUUUAGAACAACAUUUUGGAAAUUCUACAUACACGAUAUCUUUUCCCUAUGGGACAUGAGUAAACCAGACAUCGAAGCCUUCAUUGAACAAGCAAACUUAAAUCACCCAACUAUUGAAUUCACGGCCGAAACAUUUGACACUGAGACUGCGUUUUUAGACACGGUUGUAUACAAAGGCACAAGAUUCACGGAAAAAUCUAUCCUUGAUGCAAAGACACAUUUUAAACAAACGGAAAACUCCUUGCACACACAUUUCACCUCGUGUCACCCUCCAAAUGUUAAAAAAGGGUUUGUCAAAGGAGAAGCUUUGAGAAUCCUACGAAAAAACUCCUCAGAAACAACCUUUGAGGAAAAUAAUUCUUUUUUUUUUAAAAAGCUUGAUGGACGGAGGCUACCCACAAUCUUUGAUAGAAAACCUGCUAUCAGAAAUAAAAUUCACAAAAGGCAGUCUAAACUCCUAAAACGAAACAACAAGGAGGAAAAAAAAUUAUUGCCAUUCGUGACACAAUACCAUCUCUAGUGUCUACUAUAAAGGAAGCUUUAAUGAAACAAUGGAAUCUUAUACAAAACCAACUAUAACUUCAAUAAACUUUUAAAGAACCACCAAUCAUUUCCUUACAAAAAAAGGAAAAUCAUUAAAGAAAAUGCUCGUUAGAGCCAAAAAAAUAAAGGUUAACCGAGGAUUCCACGCCCGUAUAGAUGUGCGGCCUGUCACCCUUUGUAUUUUGUCGCACAACACGUUUGUAAGUAUUUUAGCAAUAAUUCUAGCUGACUGUGUUCUAUAUAACAAGUGUAGUCAGCUGUCUCGUUAGUAGUUAGUGCCUAUCUAUGUAAUAAAAUAGGGUGACCCACCCCCUAAGUGUAGCUGAAAAUUGCACGACCCACCCCUUGCGCAAGGCUCAAAACCUCAUGACUCACCCUCUCUCUGCUCCCCCACCCCCCAUACUUUUUGACACACGGAAUAAAGUCAAAAAUCGCUUCAGUCUAUGGCACGCGUCGGUAGCCAAAGGACUGUCGCACCUGUCUCGUAAGACAAAGCCGGCUCGACAAGGCGCAAAUUGAGAACAGCGUCGAGUGAAAAAAUACGUGCUUUUGCUCGUUUGAUUUAGCCUGAAAUUCAUGCGAUUGCUUCGAGUCGUUUUCUCAGUCUAAACAACGUCUGAAUCGACAAGCCGUUAAUGCCGUCCAGUGACGUCACUCACUACCCGAAAACCGCGUAGUGAUUUUGAUUGGUUGAUUGUCUAAACAUUCGCAUAAUUAUGUAUAACUAUUAAAAAAAUUUAGCGGGAUUGUCGCUUGAUAUUCAGCGGAUCGCAUCCCUGGCCUUCUUUCGCUUAGCUCAAUUAAACAUUUCGAUAAGCUUAAUCUUUAUCUUAAACAGCAAGUCCUCUUUUCUUCGAAACUGAAAUGCUAAUUUGAACUGCGAAUGAAGAAUCAUUGCGGUAGGUUUUUCAUUUAGAGCCGCUUUGCGAAGUUUUCUGAGAUCAAAUGUUAUAAUUCGACCUUCUUGCUAUUUUUACCGUCAAGUGUAAUGAUUCUGUUAGCUUUUCUCUCUUGUCUCCUUGUUUUUUUUUUCUUCGUUAAGGACCAAAUAGCUUCUUUUCAAUUAAAGCAAAAUCAUCGUGUUUUUGAACUAAGUGUUCCGUGUGUGUGUAUAUUUCAUUGCGUGAUUGCCACCGAGUUUGAUUUAAUAUAGAAUUUAGUACAACCGGUUCAGAGUUGUACUGCAUGCAGUUGAUAGUUUGAACGUUAAACAUGAAUUACGAUCGAAAAAAAUAAAGCAGUUCUGUAUCAUGCAGACAUUUUCAAACGAUAUUUCUCGGUUUGCCACUUGAAAAUCAUGUUUUACUUUUUGCAUGAAUUAAAGCAAAGGUCAAGGAGUAGUGACGUCACUGGACGUCAUUAACGGCCGGUCGAUUCAGACGUUUAAUACUGAGGGAGUAAUAACGACUCGAAGUAAUAGGAUGAAAUUCAGGCUACGUUUGAUUCUAAUCUUGUAGAUAUUCUGUAAUAAAAGUAGUUUCAAGGUCAUAACAAAAACUAAUCUGUGAAAAAGUUUCGCGUGCUGUCGCUUGGUUUAAUUUAAAAGCUGAGCGGGACUCGCGGGUUAUUAAAGACAAAGCGUUAACAGGGGCGGAUCCAGGAUUUUUUUUAGGAGGGGGUGCACUCGUCUUUUGCACUACUUCAACACCAAUAAACCACAUUUUUUUUUUUCGCAGAAUACCAGUCUCAGUCUCUCCUCCCUCUAGAUCCGCCCCUGGUUAAGACAAUAAAGUGAAAAGGCCCUAACUUUAAAUGCCUUUUAGGGAAAAUGGCUGCUUGGGUUGUCUUAGUUUAAUUUCAUCGACGCAGUCGAGAUAGAAACUACAUGCACUGCGCGAUAGUGCCUUUUAACCUGCCGAGGGUAAUUUAAAUUUUUCGUCGUCCUGGUCUAAGACGGCUUUUUUUGAUAGUGAUGUUAAACGUUUCACUUCUGUAUUCAACUUUUCCACUAAUAUGGAAAUCUAGCACGUUCUGUUUAGGUUUUCGCGUUGUCAGUUUUUCGGGCCUGAAAACUUGUUUGCUCAUUUGAGGCGCUGAGAUUUCGGGAGCAGCCUUUAUAUAUAGCUUUUAUAAAUAGCCUCAUCCCUCUCCUGUUAGAUCUUUUCGACGGUAUACUUUCUUUACACCCUAGUCCUACUCCCCUAAGUCAGCACUUGUUACGCUACGGUGGCUUACGAAGAUUUGAAUUUCGCGGUCGAUGAUCUGGCUACGCAUCAGUAAUCGCAACCUUUGUUUCUCGAAUAAUAGAGGCACUUUACCUUAAACAAUAAAGAAAACUAUAAAAGGAGCGAAAAUCUCUGUCAUUUUUAACCCCAAAUUGCAACCCAAAAAAGUUGACACGCUUCGCAAUCCUGCUCGUCCCAGGGCUGUCGGGGAAUACGAACCUUGCCUAUUAAUAUAACAUUUGUAUGGCGACGCCAUGUUGAGUGAAACCUUGCAUCGAGGGGCACACACGUGUGCUCUAUCGCAAAACGGAGAACCCCUAAUUCUAACCGACAAUUUGCAUAAAUAAAGGAGUGUAGCUGCUGUAAAACCUCUUGAAAGUAAACACUCAGUAUAAUUGAUAUUUCUUAAGUUUAUUUUUUGAUGACAUGACAACGGAGAAUAAAUCCACGCAAGGGACGGACCAUUAGAAAACUUAUGGGGGGGGGGCAGGGGGGUGGGCGAAGUACCCAAAAAAUAUUCUCGCAGGGGAAAAUUCAAAAUAAAAAAAUAUUCAUGCUACGGCCUAAAAAAAGUUCAUAGAAUGAAUUUAUAACGAAAAAAAAUUCCUGCGGCUCGAACAUUCCCCCCCCCCUCCCCCAUAACUAAUAACAAAUUGUUGCAUUUUGCUCGCCACCGACACAACACCGUGAACAUAUCUUUAAAUACUAACCUCUUAAGUGUUAGCUAAGGUUUUGUGCUGGAUAUGUUGUACGUAAAUAAAAUACGGGUUAUAUUGCUUCAAUCCACGCUGAAUCGCAAUUCUUUAAUGAAUGUUACGAAUAAUUAUAGAGGAUCUGAGUGACCGCGCGCGCAGUGGAGCUCCAUUGCUAAGAUAACUGGAAACCGCAAAGGACACUUUGUUAUGGUUAUUCAUAGGUGCAAAUGUUAAUAAGUCAUCAACCUUCCUGGGCUUUUUCGCCACAAGAAACAGCUAGUAUAACUUACAGUAAAGGUUACUGAGUAUUGGAUAUUGUGAAACAUAAUCUAAAGGGUAGUUUACCUGCACAUAACGGUUUGCAAAGACAACAUAUUAGGGACCUUACGAUCCGACAACGGCGACGGCAACGGCAACGUGAGAAGUCUGGGUCGAGCGGGGCCACGUCGUGUUGGCGUUCCCAUCCAAAAUUGAGAUUACGAAUUUUACGAGCGAGAACGUUGACGACGGUCAUUGAUGUUUAUCGUGUUUAAGUCAACGAAAGUUUUUUAGAAAGCCAUGCCGAAGUUCCGUGACACUAUUCUCCUGGCUCAUGCUUCCCGUUUGAUUAACGCUGUAGAAUUCGUGCUACUCUACGAUUUACACAAGCCUAAAAAUCCGGAUUUACCGUACACUAACUACGAGUGCUUCGAUCUCGACAAGAUGACCGAUGAUGAAUGUAAAACUGAGUUUAGAUUUUACAAGAAUGACAUUUGCAACUUGGCAGAGGUGUUUACUUUACCGGAUAGGAUCGUUUGCUAGAAUGGUGUAAAUGUCGACAUGGUUGAGGCAUUGUGCAUUUUUCUUAAAAGAUUUGCCUAUCCCUGUAGAUACGUAGACAUGAUACCCAGAUUUGGAAGGCCAGAACCACAAUUGUGUAUGAUCUCAAAUGCUGUUAUGAACAAGAUGUAUCAAACAUGGAACCGCCUUCUCACUGAUUUGAACCAGGAUUGGUUAAGACCCGAUCAUUUAGAGGAGUUUGCCGUUGCAGUUCACAACAGGGGAGCUGCUCUUGACAACUGUUGGGGGUUUGUUGACGGUACUGUGAGGCCCAUAUGCCGACCAGGACAAAACCAAAAGUGCUUAUACAAUGGUCACAAAAAGUCCAUGCUAUAAAGUUUCAAUCUAUCGCAGCACCCAGUGGCCUUGUUGCCAACCUGUUUGGGCCUGUCGAGGGAAAGAGACAUGACAGUGGGAUGUUAGCUAGAUCUGGAGUGUUAAACCAAUUGCAACGAUUUUCAGUGGACACAAAUGGGAACCCCCUAUGUAUUUAUGGAGAUCCGGCAUAUCCUCUUCGACUACAUCUGCAAGGACCUUUUCGAGGAGCUGGACUAACUCCCAUACAGUGCUGCAUGGAAUGAAUCUAUGAGUGAAGUCAGAGUUUCUGUUGAAUGGAUUUUUGGUGAUAUAAUAAAUUAUUUUAAAUUUCUGGACUUCAAAAAAAACUUGAAAAUAAGUUUAAGUGCUGUUGGCAAAAUGUAUGUGACAUGUGCCCUUCUUCACAAUGCUCGUGUUUGUUGUUACGGAUCCACCACAUCAGACUACUUUGAUGUUCCCCAGAAAUUGGGAUUAUUUUCACUAAGUCUGCCAAACAGGUUUUACAAAAGUUACAUAACACUUUUCCUUUCGAAAAUUGAACUGCUUUUUAAUAAAAAAAAAAAUUAUACCAUCGAGAAAGGCUAACAUAUUGGAAUUAAAGUGAAAUAAAUGCCACCAAUGCAAACUAUUAAAUGAGAACAAAUAAUGGUGAGCAUAUUUUCAGAGAGUAAUGCAAUUCUAUAGUUGGAUAAGCCCUAUUGCCUUGAUAAAGGCUCAGCCCCAGUUUUGAUACUGGCAUAACAUCAAUUCGGCGACUUUCAAAGGUUGGCAAAAUUAAGCAACAUUUCCUUUACAACUAUAUAUGUAAACAAGUAAUUAUUAUUAUAAAUCUUUAAUUUUUAACUUCCUUGAAAAUGUUCAAGUUAAUAAAAAUGUGAACUCUUUGUGCAUUUAAAUGACCUCUUGCAGAGAUUGACCAGCAUCACUUCCCAGCAAACUUUUUCAUUAGUCCCAUAAGUGCAAGGGUUUGUUGUUGGUGCUGUUGCAUCAUGUUUGCAUUCAUUUGCAUAAACUGCUGCAUUUGCUGCUGCUGAAGCUGCUGAAUAUCUCUAGUUUGCUCGUUCAUCAUAUCAAACUGCUGUUGUCUUCCUUCCUGUUCCUUUGCUUGCAGUGCUAACUCUUGCCUUUUUAUCUCCAAUUCAUCACGUUUUAAAGUAGUUUCUACUUCUGCCCUAUCCUUCAGGUAAGCCAGAGUGCUUGCACCACUAGCUCUACCCUUUUUCGGUCUUGCUCCUUGCUGUUCAUCGGCAUUCCUUUUGGCGCUGUCUUUAAAAGUUUCCAAUGAUCUCUCCUGUUUUUCCUCUGCUUUCUUUGCUUCUUCUUCCUGCUUUUGUUUUGUUUGAGCUGUGAUUUUGUCAGACUCAUCAAAGAGUUCAAUGGUUUCAUCUAACAGUUGAUCUAGUUCCGUGUCCUCUUCAGGGGCAAUACCUGAGGCUCUGUCUUCUUCCCUGACUUUUUUCCUUCUUCUCUUUUCCAUUGUUGAAUAGUGGUCACGAACAGACCGUUGAGUAAUACGGAAUUGGGGAUAAGGAAUAGCAUUUAAGGAUACUGCCAGCUUUUCCCAAUCAUCUCCUCUCUCACUAGUUCCUUUCUUGUGCAGCCAUUGCUGCAAAAGCAUCAAUUCCCUCAACAUAAGCAAUUCGUGUUCUUCAGUCCAUUUCAUUGAUUGACUGAAAGUGCAGUGCAACAAAAAUUACUUCAUGAGGAAGAACUAUCAGUAUAUCAGCAAAAUUUGCUAACAAUAACAUUAUCAUUGUAUCUGAGAUUUACUAGCACUUGGUCCUAAUCAUGAUCAAAAUUUUUAAAACAAAUAACAUAACUUGCUUUGGGUGGUAUAAACUAGAUCAUCAUAAUAUUAGACAAUAUCUUUGUUUUCUUUAGUCCUCCAAUAAAUUAGCUGAACUUGUUGACAGAUAAAGAAAUGAUCAUGAGAAUACAUGAUGGUUAUCCUUUGCCUUCCGAAUGAGGGAAACACACAAUUAAGGUUGGAAGGACGCUUUCAAAUGAAAACAGUCAUGAAUUACUAAAAAAUGUGUAGCAUUUGGAGCAAAAUAUUGGGCAAUCAAUAAAGUUUGGAUUUUGUAAAAUAAUUCUUAUUUAAUUAGGAAACAGUGGAAAUUAUGUGAACGUCUCUGUUUUGUAUUUGUUUUUGAUUCAGUUAUAAAUAUAGCAAUAUUUGCGGUAGUCGGAAUUCGUCGAUACAACUGUACAACCCAGCCAGUGAGUUCCUUGUAAAAUAAGGUUAAUCUACGAUUAUAAAUGAAAAUUAGCUCAAUGAAAGUAUUUAUACACUUUGCAUCGGUCGAAUCUAGUACCGCUGCCGACAAAAUCUCUCUACUAUUUCCUAGUAAACCCAAAAUAAAAUUAAGCUUAAUUGCUCUCUUUUUUUGAUCGAGAAAAAAGUUGGAAAGUAAGUGAUAAGAAAGCUCAGUGAUAGCGAGUGAAGUACAAUCACAAACAAAUACAAAGCAAAAUAAGUCAAAUCUCUCUCCAUUCAGUUUGUGGUCGUAUACAAAAGACUCCACGCUCUGUUCUUUUCGGACAUUUCACACAAACUAGUAUUCUUUAAAUUUAGUCGCAAAGUCUCGUUUUUACCUUGAUUCCUUUGCCAUAGUUGGGUUUUAAUUUCCACGUUUUCGCACAACGUCAAACAAGGCCUCUAGACGUCCGCGCGUGAAGGGACACCGCCGUCUCAGAAAUCUACUCAUGCGCAGUACGUAACCGGAAGUAAAAAAGUCCCACGUCGCCGUCGCCGUUGUCGGAUCGUAAGGUCCCUAAUCUAAACACAAAAAUCGGCCUAAUUUACCAUUUGGGUAGAAUCCCUUGUAGACGAAACGAUCGACCUAUAAACGUAAACUGUGAUCUGGGCGCAGCCAAAGAGUUUCGUGAAUGACAACAAGCCUUUAUGUAACAGUUUCAUGGGCUAUUAGCUUCUCGUUAUCCCCCAUAGUCUUUAACAUAUUUGCUGAAGCCAUGCUAAAAAAUGCUUUAUGCAGGGUGAAUGAAGGCGCUCGAGUGGGAGGUCAUCUCAUCAAGACAGUCAGCUGGACAGUGCCCUUUGUGCAUGAUCAAGGAACCUUAGACAGCUCAUGCAGUUAAAGGUAUGCAAGUUAUGAUGAAUAAAAUGCAGGAAACAGCGGCAUGAUAUGAAGAUCAAUCAAGAACAGCGCGAGCAAAGAAUGCAUUUACUAAGAGAAAAGAACUAAUGAAAACGCCUUCAACCUUUGCCUGAGAAAGAGAAUUAUGAAGACUGUCGUCUGGAGAACUCUUCUGUAUGAAGCCGAAUCAUGGACCCUGAAGAAAGGGGACAUACGAAGGCUGGAGAUCUGUGAGAUGUGGCCUUGGAAAAAGGUCUUAAACAUUUCUUGGUCUGACAAAGUCUGUAACGAAGAAGCCAUUGAGUCGUGUCUGUGAGGAUCGGAGAGGGCCAUCAUAACUGUUCUCAACAGAAGACAGGGAGUCUGGCCUGGUAUUACCCUACGGCAUGGUGAUCUUGUCUUAUUAGUUAUUGAGGGAAGAAUAAUAGGAAGGAGUCCUCCUGGAAGAUCUCGAGCGGGAAUGCUGGGUAGAGUGAAGGAUGGCAGCCCUUACGCAGCGGUCAAGAGGUGCGCCUUAGAUCGAGAAUUAUUAGGAAGGACCUGUCUGUGAGCAGAACACACUCACACACAUUAACUUCUCAAAGGGGUGCGGUGAGGGAGGGGUUCAGUGAUGCAAAAGCAUGAGUAAGAAUUCUUUUCCAAAACUGUGCUAUUACUGUGAUCGGAUUAUAAUUUUCUCUUUUUUUUGUUAAUCACAUAAGUAUGAAUUUCUGAAUUCUUUGCGUAGGUUGAGGAUUAUUCAUUUUAAUUAUUUUUUUUUUUUGUUUUAGGCAAUUAAAUUUAUAUGAAUGGACGCUUCGCCUUUAGCCUUGGCUAAAUCUAUAUAUUAAUUAAGAAACAAAGGGAAUGAAGAACAAACAUAUAAAGAAUAUGAACGUGAAUUUUAUUUUGACCAACAACAUAUAAAAACAUCUUUCUCUUUGAAUGAAAUGCAGGAUGAGAUCGGAGGACAACACGCUCGUCCUGUCUACGUGUUUUCAAACAUGUUACUGUGGGGAGCUUAAGCAACAACGGCGGAGACGGCAACGAGAACGGCAAAAAAGCGAUAGAUUUAGAUUGGCAAAACAACAACUUUGGGCGUAGCCUACGUAGCAAGCGCUUCCGCGCGAGUUCGUCGCGAACGUUGGGACAAGAGCGGAAAAAAGAGGAAUGACGGGGGAGGGGUAGGGGAGAGAAGGUUUCCUCUUCUCCCCUCCCCCUCCCCCUUCCUUUUUUUUGGCUCCCGCUCCAACUCUCGCGCUAUAACUCGACUGGAAACGCUUGCUACGCAGGCUACUUUGGGCGUGCAUCACCCUUUUUUUGUACAUUUCUUUGCAAUCGUUGCACGACUGCGACGUGAAACUGUUUAAUUUCACUUUUUGGAGAACGUGAACACAAGACAACGACUUUCUUCUUCUUUUCCUGAACUUCGAUUAUAAAGUCAAUUUAGUAUCAGAAAAAUUUGACAACAUUUGACGAAUUGAACAAGAUACAAUAAACACAGUGAAGCCUGAAGCAAUGCCUAUUCACUUUUCAAGUGACGUUUUCGCAACCGUCGCCGUCCUUGUUGCUUAAGCUCCCUAACAGUAAGCUCGGACGUCAGCCCACAAGGAAACAUACUCUUACCAGAACUAGUCACUGCAGCCGUUAGUCAGUCAUUUUUACUAACUAACUAUAAGGUGGACACAUCUUUGACCAUCUGCAAGAAGGAUUAACUGGCGCCGGUUUCAAUGAUGUGCGUUUUUUAGAGAGUUGAUUGUACUUUCCAUUACUCCACUUUCACACUCCUAUCAGUUAUUGCGCUCAGCUUUACGUUUCAUACCUACAUGGAAACUGAAUCCAUAGCCUUCUAACUGAAUUAACAAGAAAGAAGGUAAAACUUUUUGCAAGUAGAAAGUUUUUUUGAGUCUAUCCACAAAAAGAAGAAAAGAACUAAACUCUAGAAAGCUAAAGAAAGAUUUUAAGAAACAAGUUUACAUUUAUGCCUCACGUUCCUGUAGAUAGUAACAAUUGAGUCAGCUGUUGCUGUCGGCGGAGUCUCGCUUUAGAUUUUCCGAACUUCCUUGUUGCAGUGAGGAGAGAGGCUUUGUGCCUCGCUUUCAUGUCUUAAAAUUACGCGUAUAAAGUCCCGGAUGGUAGGGACGCCCCCUUACUGGCAGCUGGAGAAAUGACACACCAAUCAGUAACAUUAAACAUAAAACCAUAGUUAUUUGUUUCAGAAAUAAACUAAGAAUUUCAUAUAUUCAAAAAAGAUUCGGUUGUCUAUAUAUUUCAGUUCUGUAGUUAUCUCCUUUAGUCUAUGUGAAGAUAUUACUAAUUUAUGCUAAAAACUUUUAACUAAGCUUUUUUAUAGUUUAAAUUAAGUUUGUGGCUACACUGGCUCCCUAAUAUUCCAUUCAGAGUUGAUAUCUCUUUUGCUUUAUAUUUUUUAGCAGAGGUUCAAAUUAUAAGCUCUAAAGUAAUUGUGUCUUCGACACACUGGCAAGAAAAACAAUGUUUUUUGUUAUAGAAUUCGGAAGAUUCUCCAUGCAUCUAUACUACAGUAACUUAAAAUUUCAGCUGUGUCAUUUUAAAGGAACUUUUACCACACUCAAAGAAUUCAAUUUAUAAAUGUUUGCAAAGUAAUGAGACAUAAGCCCUCUUGGUAGACUCCGGAGGAAAAACAAAUAUAGUAAACUAAACAAACUUAUAGUAAAAAAAAAAGGCCGAUGUGAAAACCAAAAAUGUCAAUUACUUUUCAAAUUGUCUCCAAAUUGGUAUUGAUUUGAAAGUAAUAUUUAUUUACUGGUUCGUGCGCAAUAUAUAUCAUUUUAGGUCAUAGGACAUUCCCUAUGCAAUAACCGUGGCCGCAAUUUUUAAUUGUAAAAGACUAAAUACAUUUUUACAUUAUAUAUCAAUGGUACAGGCUCUAUUACCUUUUCCAAAUUUCUUAAGAAAUAAUUGGAGGAAUUAUUAAUUAUUUGUCAAAAAAGUUAAGAACAAUUAAGUUUAGUUUUAAUUUCUUGUAUCAAUUUCAAUACAAACAAUUGGAACAAACUAAAACCAUAAUGAUUACUUUUUGGCAAGAAUUCAAAUAAUCGGUGAGAAAUAAGAGGAUUCUUUACAACGUAGCUCACCAGUUUCCUGGAGAUAAGGACAACAUUUACUAACCGUGCAAAUGCUGGAGACCAAUUCGUAGUUCUCCACAAACACAUCACGACAGAUGAUAAGCACACUUUAAUAUGGUAGGUAAAGAGAGGAUCUACUUCUAAAUUUUCUUCACCAUAUUCGUUUCUAAAAGAAAUUGUUUAGUAUCUCAGCGCAAAGGUUCGGCUUCAGUGAACAUUCAGAGUAUUCUCUUGCAGAGGAUACUGAAGAAAUUACUAACAACCAAUGUAAGCAACGUUCUUUUGAACAUUUAAAUUUCUUUUAUUUUUGUAAUGUAAUAUUUUAAUCGCACGCGUCCAGUUUUUUAGGUGUUCAGGACAAAUUUGAGGCAGUCUGCUUGGUGUAAGAAAUAAGAUAACAGGCUUUGAUUGAAAUUUUCUGUGCAACAUUAUAGGAUAAAAAAUUAAUAAUGGAACUCAUGCUUCUGAAAAAGAGCAGACAACAAGCUUAUCUCGAUUGACAUUCCCGAUCUGAAAACCAUCUUGAGGCGGAGAAAUGUUUUCCUUAUUCCAUUACUUUAGGUCACUUCAUGACCAAUUCAGUCUAUGCUGCUCGGUAACUAAGCUAGUCUGGCACAGAAAUUCCAUUCUAGAAGAAUGAAAACUACAACAAGGAUUUCAUUUAGAGCGUAAAAUUGUUCCACAGUGCAUGGCAAGAAAAUGAGGCGAUGAUAAGCAACGCACGACUGAGGCCAAACGUCGAGCUUUUCAUGAGACGAACCAAACUCUAAUUUGGGUCGACCUAAAUUAAGUUAAGAUCGUCUGUUGGUUCAGACCAGACCAAAAGGCAACUUUAGCCAGCCAGAAGGGUUUCAGUAUAAUAAAUUUUCUCUCGAACGAGGCUAAAUAAACAUUUUCAAACCAUUUUUUAGUUUAUUAGGUAAUUUUAGUUCGUCGCAUGUGAGGAUCGACGUUUUUCCCUGGCAAGAUCUUCAGACGUUCUAUCUGAAGCAGACAGAUAGAAGGUGUUGGAUCCAAACUCAUUCAGUCGAACUUAACUUAGCCAGACGUCGAGCUUCUCAUGAACUUAAGACACUUAAAGUUUGCCUCGUCUCAUGAAAAGUUCGACGUUUGGCUUAGGCCUAAGUAAUAGUAACACUAGCCAUUGUGUUUCAAAGACGAACUAAUCCUCGGCAGCUUCGGUGAAAUUCAUUAUGAGGAAGGAAUUGUUCUUUUUUCUAUCCAUGCCCCUCUCUACCACGACAACUGAUGAACUGUAUGGGGAGACCAGGAACAAGGGUCAAGGAACUAUUCCUUAAUACAAAAUAAUUGACUGUAUUAAUGCCUUAGUGACACCGUACUACUGAUGUUCAUACUAUGUUUUCUUAUCUCUUUUCUUUCUUCUUUUUUUUUCAUAGCUGUGGGCAAAGGGAGCAACAUGAUUGUUUUGUGGUUAUGCGCUUUCGUUUCACUGUACCUUACACGCUAUCAAGGUAAUCUAAACGUUAGUAAAGAUUUAAAAUAGCACCUGUGCGCAAAUGAACUUAAUGUCUUUUAGUUUAAUGAUUAUUUAUCAGCUACGUUGUUCUCCUACUUACGUACACUUGUGUAAAUGCUAUAUAUAGUGUGAAAUAAAGAAAGAUUGAAGAUUGAAAGAUUAAGAUUCUCGUAGUAUACAAUACACACAAAAACUCUUUCGGAGUUCCCUUCAUUCACUCACUCACCAUUCAUUCAUCCAUUCGUCCAUUCAUUCAUUCAUUCAUUCAUUCAUUCAUUCAUUCAUUCAUUCAUUCAUUCAUUUAUUUACUUAUUCAGUCAUUUAUUUAUUCAGUCAUUUAAAAGUAUACGCAUGCUGGAAGAUAAGGCACUUGUUUGAUUGUAACCUGAAAUCAUCUAAACUUUUGUUCUUUUAGCUGCCUCGUCUGAUUGCGAAAAUCCCCCAUUAGAUAUAUCACUCGUUAUCGACAGGACCAAAAGCGUGGGAGGCCAAAACUAUGAUCUCAUGUUGGACGCGGUGAAAAGGCUCGUAUCCAAGUUUAAAGUGGAUGAAGACCAAACCCACUUCUCAAUAAUCGCGUACGCUGGUGAUCCAGAGCUUCGCGUGAAACUGAAUGAUAAUUUAUACCACAGUAAUGACGCGCUGCAGCAGUUUUUGGAUGGCAUGAAAAAUAAUGAUAAAUUAGGGAGUCCCACAAGGACUGAUAAGGCAUUAAAAAUGGUCGGCGAGAAAGUCUUUGUCUCAGAAAAUGGUGAUCGACCAAAAUCUCCUAACAUCAUGAUAAUUUUCACCGACGGAGGAACUCAUAAAAACUCAGAGAGUUAUGAUACCGUACUGCCAAAACUAGAGGUGAGCACGCAGUUUAAAACAAAGUGCAUGUCUUUUCUGAAUCCACACCCUACCUUCUUUCUAAUCGUUUCCACUUUGAUUAACUUCACUUUGGUGAGUUAAACAUAUUUGAACGUUAGGAAUGUGUCCACGUACAAAGCUAAUGACUACUUAGAUUGCGGAAUAUUUAAAUCUUUACAUAAUUUUAUAGUUUUUAUAAAUCAAACAUUUUAGUAACAGGACAAACAAGAAAAAUUGCUCAAGAAUCAUUUUAAUUCAUUUUGAUUAGUUUUGCUCAAGUCUUGUCUGACUGUGAACUCAGUCGAUGGCAGAUUUUCAUGGCUUGACCUGAAUCUUUCCAUAGUUAGGCCUUUCUCUCUAGUAAAAGCAACGGAAAUUAAGGUAAAAACCAUAAAAAAGUUAAAGUCCUCAACAUUUUAACUCCUCUCAGGCUUAAUUUAAAUCAUUUUUUAGGACGAGGGAGUCCAUCGAAUUGCUGUUGGCAUUGGCAAAAAUAUUAAAAACUCAGAGCUUGAAACAAUAGCUGGAGAUAAAGACCGAGUUGUGAAUGCUAAGAGCUUUGAAGAUCUGACAAACAAGCUGGAUACUAUUAAGGACGCUGUCUGUAGUAAGUCUUUUUUUUAUCAUUUACCUUAACCUACGUGUCAUUUAUCUGAAGUUAUUAAUUAGACAACAGCGAUAACGUCAAAAUGCUUAGUACUGUGAACCAUUCGUGGAAAUGGGGUGCUUUCCAACUAAUACGAUCAUGGAAACGGAACAUGGCGUAAGAACCUCCCUUUCAACGAAGCACUCCCUGCACUCCUGCUUUAAGUGAUGAUUUGGUCGUUCGGAAGAGCAAAAUCUCUAAAGCAGAAAAGACUUCGCUUCUGUCGCAAAAGCUGGCAGGGAAAUUCCAUUAUGAUACUAACAGAUAACAGUCAUGUAUAAAAUAAAGAAGGCGCCUGUGAAACACUGCGGUCCGAUCCAACCAGUACUUACAAGAGAAAGCUGUGAUGACGAACCUCACCAUUCUAAGGAAGGGUAAGAUAACAAGGGGUAACGGAAGAUCAGUAAAAGCAAAUGUACCCUACACUGUGCAUCCGAUGCCACAAGGCUAACAAGCCCCUUAAAAUCCAUUGUAGAUUACACAGGAUCAAUAGGGUACAAUGCAUCAAGAGAAAUAACUGGUUACCUCACCCAUUUUCACAAAAAAAUUCCUUAAUAAAGGGAACACAAUCUUCCUUCAAGUUCUUACUUAUUCGACAUCUUAUUCUUGCAGAUAUCGAUGGAGGGUUCACUGAGUGGAGUGAAUGGUCUGAGUGCUCGGCGACAUGUGGUGGAGGAAGCCAUUACCGUUCUAGGACUUGCACUAAUCCACCUCCAAAAAAUGAUGGAAAACCUUGCAGUGAACAGGUCAACCUUGGUCCCCCUAAAGAAACCGAGAACUGCAACACCCAGGACUGUCGUAAGACCUGAAUUCGCUUUUAUUAUAAUUUAAAUCUUUGGUGGUGUGGUGAAACAGUCUUACCAGAAAUUGUAUUUUUAUAAAAAGCCAAUUGAAAUUUUGCAAGUAAAGUGAACCGACAAGCCCUUUCAUUGCUACGAGCUUUCCUUUUGUGUUUUUCUUGCAUUAAACAUUCCUUUUCAACGCAUUAUUAAUUUUUUUUAGCGGUGCCGGGUGGUUACAUUAGCUGGUCUAAAUGGGCUGAAUGUAGCGUGACGUGUGGUGGAGGAGUUCAGAAACGCUCAAGGACCUGUACCAAUCCCCCUCCCUCUGGCGGUGGACCAACCUGCGUCGAGCAAAACCUGGGACCCGCCGAGGAAACCCAGGAAUGUAACUCAAACGAUUGUCAUAAGUAUUACUGUUUGCAGCAUUAGUCUACAGUUUACUAUCAAUCAAUAGCACGCAAUUCGUUUUCUUUUUUUCACUAUUUCCUCUCAGCGGUUCCUGGCGGAUACUCAGAUUGGUCAAACUGGGGAGAAUGCACUGUGACUUGUGGUGGAGGAGUUCAGAAACGUUCAAGGACCUGCACCAAUCCCCCUCCGUCUGAUGGUGGGCCAGCGUGUAUCGAGCAAAACCUGGGACCAGCUGAGGAAACCCAGGGUUGUAACACGCGAGACUGUGGUAAGCAUUUCCAAUCGACGACUAUAUUCAGAAACUAGAAGCGGUGGGAGAGUAUACUUUGGCUUCAUUGUAUUUUUCUAUGUGUGUCAUCGAUGUUUGAGUAGUCAGUAUUUUUUUUUAUGUUACGUCUUAUUGGACAUGGUUUGGUAUAAAAAUGGUAUCAUCGGAAUUCUUAACAUACAUUUAUAAACUGGCUCACCCAGUAGCGAAUACGGUUGAAGAAAUAUAUGUUAUAGCCUACGAGCGAUAAGAGGAGAAGUGCUAAUUAUCACUUAUUGGCUUAUUUUACUUGCCAACAAACAAAGAACCUUUCUAAGAUUGUUCGGAUUUGCCGCGGCAAAAGUUAUACAGUUAGAUGUGGCGUUAGCUGGGUAUAAUGUACUAUGACUUGUAUAAGUCAAGUGCGUAAUAAAAUGAUUGACAGUUAAUGCUUCAAUUUGUUUUCCUUGCCAAACAUAAUAAGUCAUGAUGAAAACUUCGUUUAUUCUCUAUUGCAACAAAAUAGGUGAAGAGGGCAACUGGUCUCCAUGGAGUAGUCCUGGACCCUGUGAUAAGACUUGUGGAGGCGGUGUGCAAGUAAGAAAAAGAACCUGUACAAAUCCACCACCUUCUGGUGAUGGCAAGAAGUGUGAAGGACCAAGCACAAAAACGGAGAGCUGUAACACACAGACAUGUGAGAAAAUCAUUCCUCUGCUACUCUACAACAAUUACGGCUGUCAUUGGUCAUUUUAAAUUUAUUUCUUGAAUCUUAACGUCUUAUCGUAUUAUUGUCGUCUUCUUUUAGGUCCUCCUCCCCCACCUCCGCCAUGCAAGGAACAUUUGGAUGUUGGCGUGAUUAUAGACUCGUCAAACAGUAUCCAUCCAACUGAUUAUGGAAAAGCAAAAUCCUUCUUACAGGGGCUCGUGAAUAGACUUGAGAUAUCCGAGCCCGGUACGCACAUGGCAAUUCUUCUGUACAGCUGGGAAGCACAUACUUUUUACAGGUUCGUUUACAGCACACGGCGUUAUUUUGCUAUACUGGAAAUGUCAUGUUCAAUUUGAAUAUGAAAUAAUUGGCUUGCCACUUUCAAUUAUAGCAAUUUAAGCAAUUGAAAAUUAACCGACAAAAAUUUCGGGAGUUCUAGGAGAUUCGAACCCAUGGCCUCUGCGUUGCUGCUGCAGUGCUCUACAAACUGAGCUAUGAAGACCUUUGCAUUGAAAAACAAGAUAUGUUGUUGAAUUCAACUAAACCCUGGAAUGGGAAUAAAUCAUGGAAGACGACGUGAACUGCAGAAAUUCAAAAUUAAAUGAAGAUCUGACCUUCGCAAUUGUUAGACCCUGAAUAUGCACAUUGUCUUAAGCAGUGCUUACCUGUAAAAUCUGACGGCAGAUUAAUUUUGUAAGUAACAUGCAUGGAAACUUUUUCAUAAAACUAAUUUUUUGGCUUCAUUUCUAAGGUUUGAAGAUCCACAGAGUGUCGGGGAAUUACAGAGGAAAAUUGUCCAGUUACCACAUAUUCGAGGUGGAACAAGGACUGAUAGGGCCCUGGAACUAGCAGCAGAAGACUUCUUUGGAUGGCAGGAGACUGGGGACAGACCGGAUAUACCGAAUGUGUUGCUUGUGCUCACUGAUGGGAACACAAAUGAAGGCAGUAAACCAUUUUCUCAAGUUCUGCCCCCAUUAAAGGUCAUUCCAAUUAAUAAAUUAUUGUAGGAGCUUUUGUCUUUACAACAUAAGAGCAUUUUUAUUCUCUGUUGUUAAUUUUCAUACUCGCAGCGAUGGGGGGACAUUAAUUUGUUAUCUUGUUAUGUUAUAUUUCAUUACGCGGUACAGUGGACAAUAGGGUCUCUGCAUCUAGUCACUCACUUGGUACAAAACCGUUAUACUGGGACGCAGUGAGAGAAGAAAAGCGAGGAGUUAUUUUUAUUUGUUUAACGCAGAUAAGAUAGUUCGCUCAGAUGGACGUUCCGUCUGUUGCGCAUUUUUCUAAAUUGCAUUUUUCUAAGCAUAUUUUUUUAAAAUAAUCUACAUGUAAUUAAUAAUAUACAUGCAAAAAUUUCAGCACGCUCAUUGGCUCUUGAGUUUCAAGACAAAAACAUAACUGUGAGGUUAAAAACUAUAGUCACGUAGACACUGACUAGUACUGGUUUGAGCGCGCGCUACAAAAAUAAAAUUUAAGUUAACUUUUGCAUUGAUCGCUUUGACCAUGGAUAACAGAAAGACCCAAUCCUUCUAUUAUCCAUGCUUUGACGAUGUUAUAAAACAAUUAGUUCAUGCUUCAACUGUACGUAUGUCGAGAUAUUGAGCACUUGGGAAAUUUGGAGAGCACUCAAGAGGCUAGUGUUGCUUUCGGCUGCUCCUCGAGCAACUCUUACGCCUCUUUUGUGCUCUCCAAACUUUCCGCAGGCUCAAUAUCUCGACAUACGCACGCUGACGUAUGAACUAAUUGUUAAAUUGAGUACAGAAAGUUGAAAGUAGAUUCAGUUCUCAGGCUCAGGUGAGUCCAUUUAAGCCCGUCUGUCAGAAUAAUCGGCUACUCCUUUAUGUAUUUUUUUUUUUGAUGAGGAUAAAGAAUAUACAAACAGACGUAAGUUUCAAUCACAAACAGUCAUGAUGUAAACAUAAAGCAAUUCUGAUUUCAGGUUCAUUCACGCGGCAUACCCACACUCCAAGAAAGCACAAGAAACAAAAGCCAAAUAGCAAAAUCCAAAAUUAUUGACUGACAACCAAAAUAUGAAAAUGUCUUGAAACAAAAGCACUUUUCUAAUUUCAUAAAACGUCUUUGGAGGAGUAGUGUCAUUAAAGUAUUGCGGAAAAUCUUUUUUAAAACCUUGUUUUCUGUUUGUUUGUAAGCUUAGUUUUAAUAGCCGGCUUUGUGUUUGGAAGGCAAAUACUAGAUGAACUUACCCUGCUUAAGGCCUUCCUUUUACAACCAACACGACAAAUAAGUUUCCUUUAGAACUUUCAUUUUAAUCAAUUCAGUCGUGUACUGUUUUUAAAAAGCUUGUGUUUUUUAAACACUAGGCCAUACAUCGUCUCAAAUUUAUCUCACAACUCACCGUGUAAGAAACUUAAAAUAAUUUAGCUUAUGGUCCCCGUUAAACGGGGAAAAAAUGCAAUAACUGAAAGUCACCUCCUGAGAGCUAGUAGGUGAGGUAAUUAGAAACGCUUCAGUUUUCGCCGUUACUCUGUUUUAAAAGCCUGCAUGAACUACAAAAAUAGCCAUCGAUGAAACCACAGUUGCGACGCUUUCCUCAAUCAACCCAAAUAAACAAAACACAACAAUGCAAAGGAAUCUUGUUAGAAGUUUUAUUUGUCUGGCGAUCCCGCACCUAUAUGAAAGAUUGUUUUUGAUUAGCUGAGAAAACAAUAGGGAUUGUCACAUAACAACGCCCCUAUCCCUGAAAACAAUGGAAGUGCAGAUUAAAGGGGACCAGUUGAACGGGUAAGGGCCAAUUCCAAAACACAACACGUGAACUCACAGUCAGCAAAUGUUUUACUAUUACCAAACCAUAAAAAAAAGUAAAUUCCCUACAAAGAGCGAAAAAAUAAUAGUUACAAUACAGAAAAACUACUUUAAAGCGACUGCAAAAUGAAAUUAAUGAAAACACGAUGAAAACGAAGCUGCUUACCAAAUGCUGAGGAUAACAGGGUUGGUGGUCAGGGAAACCGAGGAAAAAAAUAAUCUACUUCGACGAAUUCUGUUACACUAACAGACCCGUAAAAUUGGUAAUAAAUAGGCGAGAUAACAAACUAUAACGAAAUUUACAUACAGCACGUAACAAAGGAGCGUAAUUAACGAAAUACCGGAGAGCGAAAAGAAAACGAAUACACGAUAACAAGUAAGUGAGAAAACGAAAAACAAAAGGAAAAAAAAUUGCCCCAACACCAGUGAAAUAAGAGGUUUAGAACGGUGCAGGUCUACUAUUUGUUUCCGUGCGGCAGUAGAAAAACAUGAAAAGCUAAAAACGUAAAAUGACAAAAGGCUUGAGUUCUCGGUAAACAUCUUUCUAGCUUCUGCGUUUUUAUCCAUCAAUAUUUUUCACCUGUCAAAAUUUAGACCAAUCUUGGACGAGGUUGUCAUUUGUAGGCGGGAACAGGGAGCUGUGACAAACGGCAGUCAAAUUUUUGCAUGUAUAUUAUUAACAAGUAAUCACAUGAUUUUUCUCGUGCAAUUUGGGAUAAAUCAGCACUCGAAAAUUUUUCAAAGACCACAAAUUGCACUCGCCCUUUUUUAGUCUUUCUUCUUGUCCAAAAUUGCUCUCGAAAUCAUGUGUUUACCUUUACUAAUUAUGCUAUCUUCAAAUUUAAAGCUUGCUGGAGUUAGGCGAAUCGCUAUCGGUAUCGGGAAAGGGAUUGGUUAUGGUGAACUUAAAGAAAUUGCUGGCAGUAAUGAGAAUGUCAUUCAAGUACAUUCGUACAGUGACCUUAUCAGCAGACUGGAGAAAAUCAUGAAAAUGGCAUGUGACAACCAAGCCCUAGGUACAUUUCGAUAAAAGUCUUUAAAAAUCAGUAUACGUCAAUAAUUAAAAGGCUUUGGAUCUGGAAGAAUGAAAAGGGGGAAACACAUGUAAGGAAAUCCAUUGCAAGACAGUCGGCUUCUAGACAGAUUUUACAAGUUCCACGUUGUAGAUUUCGGAUUACAGUCGAGUACUGGUAUCCUAAUUCUUUGAGAGUGGAAAUGGGAUUCUGAAUUCCAAUUCUUAGUGGGAUUCCUGAUUCCUUGAGAUUUAUCGCAAAUUCUAAAGCCUUGGAUUCCACAAGCUAAAAUUUCCCGUAUUCCAGAAUCCCCAUUCCCUUGCAUGGGACAAAACAACCAAGAUUCAAAUAGUAGUGGCUAGUAUAUGUUUUAGCCCGGGGUGAGGGGGUAGUACCUUAUUUGACCUGGGCAGGAGUCCACAAACUGAGCAAACAACUUCCAUACCCUCGUGUCACAGCGUUUUACAGACAACUCUAUUUUUAGAAAGGUUUUGGGGUGACUUUUGAAUAUCUUUUGAAUUCCACAAAUCAGUCAGCAAAACCUGACAGACCUAACAAUGAUAUUUUUUCCCUUUUAAUAACGUUUUUAGUUUUUUUCCUUUUUAAAGGGACUGGUUCACGAUAAUGCGCAUGCGCGCCGGUUGUCUCUUCAGAAUAAAUUUGUCGGGUCAACACUAAAUUCGAAAUCGCCAUUACCGGUACAAUCAUUGAAAAUCCUUCGUUUUAUUCGGACAUCCGUCGCUUUGGCUGCUCUAGUUGUACUUUGGUAGUGGUGAUUAACGUGUGGUUGUGUCGUUUGACUGGUUACGUUUUAAGAAGACGCAAAAAAUAAUGUUUUGAUCAUGGAGGUUCAGAAGAGCAUCGUGGCCGUCCGGCAACAGGACGUUCUCAAGAGUCUCUGGAGAUAGAGAAGCUGCGCCUAUCGAUCUGGUAUGGUUCUAGGAGUAGUGUGUGGCAAACGAAAAGAAUACACGACACUGCUUUGAAAGUGGUUAAAGGCAUGAGUUCGUUCAACUUUGAUUUGAUUUUUGACUCUGACCUGUAGUUAUACCGCAACAGGCCGGGCGAUCCUCCCCGAUCUGGUACACUUGAAAUGUUCCUUGUAUCUUUGCUUUACGAUCGUUUAAGAAUUGAUGUUUUUAAAAUAAAUUAUUGCCUGAAUGUUCUGUUUAUAAUCUAGUUUCUUUAUGUGUGCUACUCGAUAACAUUUGUUUUGCGGAGCCCUGACCCGAUGCAACGCGAAUGAAUUUGUUCAUUUGCUGAUAAGCAAUUGAAAUUUAGGCUCAAUUAAGGAUAAUCUUUAUACUCAUACGUUGUGUGUUUUUGUCACCGGUCAGGCGCUAUUUGUAGGUAUUUCUGGGUUUAUAUAAGGCGAACUGAGAGAACAGUAAUAAGAUGUUUGUUUACAAAUUUUGUUUGCCGAUCGGUGACUGUUUUGUUAGCGUGGGUACGACCUCGUAAAAAUACACGUUUGUCAAUCUUUGUUUCAAAGCAGGACAGGGCUGUAAAUCUUAUUCUUAUCGGCAGCAACAUAUAUCUGAGGAGUAGCAAAGAAUAAACUUGAAUUAUGGGGAUAAAUAAAAUCAAACCAAAUGCCCGGGAAUACCCUCGCGUCGCGAACAAUUAAGAGUGUGUCCAUGAGAGAACCAGGCAGGAGGUGAUAAUGCUCAAAUCACGGAUUUCGCUCAAACUUGGCACAAUUGAUGGGUGUGGUGAGAUAUUAACCUCGACAAAAAAUAAGGUCGCAAUAUUAAAUUCCCUGGGAUUUACAGGGACCCCCCCCUAAAAACGACAAAAUCUACUCAUUUUUGCAUAAUUAAUUAGCUGACUUUGGUUUGGCUGUUCAACAAGAAGAAAAGACAACUUCAAAUCUAAUCAACUUUAUCAUCUUCUAUGUUUAUCAAACUUAAUGCUCAGUAUUUUAUUUUUACUCUCUAAUUCGAUCUCUUCCUAUUAUUUAGCCUAAAGUAAGGACAUCUUGUCACUGUUUUGACCAAACCCUAAAUUUAAGGUAUUUUAGUGGCUAACAUCUCCCAUGAGCAACAACCUAUGUACGUAAUUCUCACAUAUUCUUUGAAAGACAUCUUUAAGGUUAUCAAAUCAAUCAUAAAAUAUUUGGGCAAUCUUAUACUUUAUCAAUAAUGACGUAUUAUGUACAUCUGACUUGACGCUCUUAUUUGUCAUUUGACCAAAAUUGGAAGAAACGUAACAUUCGUUUUUUUAAACAAAAAUAGCACAAAGUUGACGAGAAGUCACAAAUCAGAUGCGUCAUUAUCGAUACUAAUAGCGGAAUUGUUAGAACGUGUCACCUGAGGCACGUUUUCUGUGUUAUUUAUGGACGUUUGGAUGGAUAUUUUAUGGAACGCUUGAGUAAACACAAGGAGCAAAAGAGUUAGUUCAAAACUUCGAUCGGUCCAACUUGUAGGUGAAACAAGACCCAACAAGGAUAAAAGAUAGUGAAUAAAUGUUACAUACACGUCUCUCAGGUGGUUUAGUCCAGACUUGCUGCUCCAGUUUCGUCUGGUCCUUUGUGGCGUUACUUCGUGACGAGGUAAUGAAAUCGAAACAUCUUGAAACAUUGCAGAAUGAAAAGUGUCGGCUUUUCACCGACCAUUCGAAGUCUUUGAAAUAAGUUGUAGUCAGAAAGAACAAAAUCAUUCUCAAAGGACAAGAAGGAUCACUGACAAUCCGUCUAUAUCUACAGCAAACAACCACCUGCUCGAACACCCUCUAUCUUUGACUUUAGACUCUGCCAAAAAGAUGGAAUCUGUGACGCCGGACUACCGAACUCCGGAAUGCGGAAUACGCUAUCUAUUGUUGUACGCGCCAAUAUCCUGUUAUGACCGGUGUGUUGAAAAUAGGUUGUGAAAGUCGUGUUACUUGAAAUUUUGAGUUUAUUCGAUGUUGACAUUAAUUAACAUGAUAAUAAGGGUCCAUAAUAGCCCUUUUUGUAGUCAGACCGUGCCAUGCAAUUUUUGGACAAUUAAUGACUUGCCACUGGGUAUAAUUACUUACUUAGUUGUAUUUUAAUCCUCGUAGUCUUACAACUAUACAGGUUGAUAUCUGUAUCUGGGUAUAUUAUUGACUACAAAAAUAUAAUAAUAACCGUUUAUAAACGUGUUGAGGAAAAACUUCUGAGGAAUACAAAAGACCCAAAAGGGGGCACUAAUACAUUGCAAAAAAAAGUCGGCUAGACUUCUUUGGCUAUAAGGAAGGUGUUAGAGAACAGUUUCUUGAACACAGACUUAUACACUUUGACUAUAUUCACUUCUCAUUUAAGCUGUCAUUUGCGGAUUCAUACACUAGAUUAAGUUCUCUUAACGGACACUCUCGUAUAUAGUGAAUAGCUCUACUUACGACCGCCAUCACAAAAUACCGUUUCAACUCCCGCACAAACUCUGGAUUUUUACAUUCCCGUAGGCGGCCGCGGACACUUAAAGGGUUUGCCGGCGAAUUAGAUGUUAGCUUUGAUUUAAAGUUCUCCUAAGCAGACACUCGAAAGAAAUCUUAUCCACCUCUGAAUGUUGUUUUUUUUUUUUCAUAUCAUGUCCACAGUCAUAUGGUUGUUUGUCACUGUUAUGAAUCAUUCUUAUAUAUCCAUUUCAGAGUUACCGUUUUUUCACAUACUCGUCCGGUUACACUUGUUAAGAGAAACUGAAUUGUAUGCUUUUACCUAAAUUACCACAAGGCAAGAACAUCAGCGUAACCAUACACUAAAAAACAGUUUUUUGCUAUUACCAGUGUUAAUUUGUAGCUGGGAGGAGCUUCCGUAAGCGGCUAUCUAACCUUUACACCACUUUUAAAGUGGCUGAAUUCCACUUGCAUAACUAUGCUGCAUAUGAGAUUCAUUCUUGUAAGCGGCCAGAUCCAGUUAAGGACACCUUUUUCCCGUCCCGAGGGCGCCCUCGUACGAGAGCUUCCUCUGUAUUACAAUUUUAGGAUUUCUCUUACAUUUUAACAAAUUUUCGCUUAACGAGGCACAGUCAAACCUACGUGCGACCACCCAACUUAAGUGACCACUUCCCAAUAAGCGAUCACUUAUUCAACACACCAAAUAUAUUAUCAAGUCAAAGCGCUUGUAGUUGGAACCUCCUGUAAACGAACACAUCCACAUCCAGUAAGCGACCGCGACCACUUUUUACGAUGACAGUCUGAUUGAGAAUUUUCCAUGAUGCAAUGGUCUGAUCUCUGCGUUCCCUGUAUGUCCUAAGCUACUCGGAGUAUGAGAGGAACUUUAGAAACAAAUUAGAUUUAUCUAUAGUAUAUUGUAACUUAAAAAUUGCAUGCAGUACAUUCACUCCAAAAAUAGAUGUGUCCGCACUUUUCCUCGUUAAAGACCUCCUGCAGUUUGACUCGCGUAAAACCCAAAUUUUCCUUGGGCAACCCCAUGGGCAUUAUUUACUGGGUGUCUUCCGACCACGCACGGACCGGAACAUCAAAUGUCUGUAACUUAAUUGUUGUGUCUGUCCAUAAUUCAACAUCUGCAUGCCUCAGCACGGCACACGGCUGGGCACUAAACUGGUUUUGGUGCCCAAGAGUACGCAAAAAGGCCCUUCCGAGAUCGAUGUCUAGGACGAGAAAAUUGACCUUACCUGGGUAGGGUGAGAAAUUUGAAAUCGAAGUAUUACAGUUGAAGUAUCUCUCGAAGGGAAUGUGGGAAGGGUGUUAAACAUAUGGAAGCGGUUGUUUGAGAAAAAUAUAUAACUCAAUGUGAAAGUGUGGUGUAUUUUGAAUUCUACUUGGGAACAUUAGUGCCACAGUUAGGCUUUAUAAGAGCCCCAAAAGACCGUGCGAGAUAAAAAAAUUCUCUGUUUAUGACAGUCAAAUCUGGUGUCAGCAGGGUAGGGCAUUUGUACGCAACUUGGACACUCCCCCGGGGAUAAGGGACUCCAGUAUGAAAAAAAAUGGAAUUCUUGUCGCACGCCAAUCUGGACGUGUCUCACGCUUUAUUUGUCUCUUUGAACUGGUCUGCACCAACAUCCAGCUUCACUUCGCUGCUAUUUCACGUGCAACUAAAAUAGAAAAAAUAGUUCUUUCCAAAACACGAAGACAAAACGACUUCUAUCUCCGAGUUUGAGAAGACAUGGGAUCAUUUAUAAUCAUGGUCUGAAUAAAGUUGCCAAUAGAUUUGGAAUUCUAAAUUAUUUAUCAGCAUACAAUAACAAUAAAAUAAUCUCAGAGAAUGUCGGAAAGUCAUUUUGUUCACUGAACUCUGGCUCCUGGCUCCUGGCUCCUGGCUCCUGGUUCCUGACUCCCGAUACAAUGUUUCCGUAUGGUGGCAACCGCUGCUUAAAAAUGCGGGCUCCAUUUAAUGUCAAAGAUGUCGGACGUUUGCAACAUGUGAAUUGCGCUACAACAGUGGCAGAAAUAAUUCUUUCAAUGGGUUAAGGAUCGGCUUUCUACCUUUCGUAUUGUUUUGUCCUAAAACAACUUGAUUUGGAUUUUGGUGCAUAAACUGAUGGCUAAGGAAUUUUAGUCGUACAGCGAGUCACGACGCUGAACUACGCUGAACUGGACAUCGAAGGUGGCAUGAAGAACAAAUCAAAGCGGGCACAAACUAGCAGUUGAGACAUCUAAGAGAUACGUACAUGGAUUUUAUUGAUCGUUUAUUAUUGUUUUUAGGGCGAAAUUGUUAAAGUAAGUAGAACUGUGAAUUAAAUCUUUGUAUUGUAUGUUGUUUUUACUUGAAAAGAUCGCGUAUAUAGCUAUCAAAAAUCAUCGUUAGCGUUUCUUGCACAACAAUUUUUAUGAUUUUACCCUUAUUAAUGUUAAAUCAUUGUCUGAUGAGUUUUUUGGUUCGAUUUCUCCUCAUUCAAAAGGCAAACACACGAAUAUUGUGAGGGCCUGAAUUUUGAUGAAAUAUGCAAAAGUCGUUGAGUCACAUGAACAGUUUAUGUCAACACAUGGAAGAAAGUGAAUUGCCCAAACUUUUUAUGAUCUUUUUCUCAACUUAAGUGAUGGCUUUAACUACUCAUGCAAAAGUUGUAAAGAUAAGCGGUUGCUCAUCAGAGAUAUUUGGGAAUAAAAUACCCUAAUUUUACGUCUUACUCAAAACUUGGAAAUGAUGACCCAACUUAAGGGGGCUAAGAGGGGGGAAAUCGAAUCGGCGACUUUAAACAGUGUAUUGUGCUUAAAGUCUUAUGAUGUCUGAUUAUCUCUCAGUGCGUUUAAGUUCCAGGUGGCUUUUCUGUUUGUUGCACUGGCAUCGUAAAGUUAGCUAAUUAAUUAUGCAUAAACGGGCAAAAUGGCGAUUUUUUACAGGGGGAGCCCGGAUCUCCCAGGGAAUUUAAUAUUUUGACCUGACAUUCUGUCACAUAAGCUAACUCCUGAUACCUAACAUUUGUGCCAAGUUUGAGCGAAAUCGGUGAUUUGAGCAUUAUCACCCCUGCCUGGUUCUGCCUGGUUUUCUCAUGGACACACUCUUAAUUUGAAUUUUGUAAAUUUACUUGCGUGCAUCUAACUCGCUUCCGAUUGGUUGAAAAACAAUCAGCUACUGUCAGAACUCACACAUGCGCAUUAUCGUGAACCAGUCCCUUUAAUAUCUUAUACUUCGAAAGCGAUCAUAGACAUGGUGGAGUUUCUAUUUUCCUGUCCUAAAAUGUGUCUAAAAAUAAACCUGUCCGUAAAAACGCCGUGACGUAGGCCUAGUAAGGAAUUUCUAACAAACCUAAAAUAUUUCGCCAUUGUUUGGCUAUAAGAGUUAAUAUUUGUGUACUUAGAUUGGACAUCGUCAUGUGUAUGCUUUAACAUUGACAAUCAAGGGUGAUGAAAUUACUCCUCAAUUUUGGCCCCAAAGUUAAGCGUUAAUUUACAAUUUCACACGUGAAAUUACAUUAUUUUGCCUUCAGUUGGUAAUGUUCCGUACGUCUCAGUACCAAGAUGCGUCGAAGUUUUAAAAUGUAUGAAUAAGAUGUCAGGGCUUUAAAAGAUGCUCUAGAAAUUAACCUACACGCUCGAAAGCGCGCUUUCAAAAGGAUUCUAUUUUGUCCAAAAAAUUCGGAAACUUGUAACUACUAAAUUCAGUAAUAACGGAUCUUUGUUUUUAUAGAUUUGUAUAUAUUGCGUUAGUUUUAAUUCCCUCCCUAUUUUUAAUCAUUAUGAAUAAAAUAGUUUAAUAGUUGCUUUAGUUUUAAUUUGUCCUUUUUUACUCAUCGUAAAUAUAUAGGGGAUAUUACACGGUGACGCGAAGAUAUGAAUUUUAUUUUAGAGUGGCAAAACAAUAUUUUACGAACGAGCGCAGCGAGUCAGUAAAAUAUUGUUUUUGCCACGAGAAAAUAAAAUUCAUAUCUUCAAGCCGCCGUGUAAUGUUCUUUUUAUUAUAUAGACAAAAAGAUAGAGGGAAAUGACCGAAAUUACGUCAUCGAUAAACUCAAGUGUGAGAUUAUGGAAAAUAAACCACUCGGGUCCCGGAUGUUGUUUUUAUGAAUUUUACGAGUGGUAUAUUUUCUAGUAAAACACUCGUGUCUAUAUAAUAAAAUAGGAUAUGGUUGUAAAUUUGUAAAUAUUUUUUUAAUAAUUUUGUUUACAUGACUGUAAAGCGCCUUGAACAUAAUAUAAGACCGCUAUAGAAAUAAAGUUAUUAUCAUUAUUAAUAAGCUCUCGAUACGAUCAUGAACAAGUAAAACAAAAAAAACAGUGUGCGUAAUUUGUCACCGAUGAUAUUAAUAGGUAACACAAUGGUAAACUGGGAUUUAAGGAAACAAUCUCACCUGCAUUUUGCACAUAUUCUGAUUAUUUCCCUCGUCUAAAGGCUCUUUGUUAAUAACCUUAACACUAAGAAUUUAAUAUUUUUUCAUUAUUAACCUUACACAACAUAAGUAAGUGUUAAUGUUCAUUAUUAACACUGGGAUUUUCGUUUACUUUUUCUUGAGAAGAACCUUGUGAAGACAGUCCUAGUAUGCAGUCAAAAUGUCCAUCAAUGGCGGUCGCCGGAGGUUGUUGGAAGAACGUCGUAGGACGAUAUAGGUAUCGCCAAAAAUUCACUCUUUGGGAUUCAUGCAGGAAAAGUUGCAACAGAUGUUAUGGUAAAUAUUAAAAAUCCGUUAAACCAUAAAAAAACGGCAUAGGAUGAGUGGAGUAUUUAAAUGAUGCUGUAAAAUAAAUCUUUUGUAAUAAGAGUUAGAUCUUUAUUGCCGGUGACCUCCCAAUAGAUUUUUAUAGCCAGUCCUAAAGGCGAAGCACCCGUUUAUGUGCUUGUAAUAAAGCAAGUGACUCAAAUCCAAUAACCAUGACAAACAGAUUCGUAAAUAUAUAAUUAACUUAAGGAGCUUCUACCUAAUAUGUGAAUUCGCUUUUCGAUUUCUUGACACGGCAUAUGUUAGAAGUUAGACAUUUAGCCCUCUGAUCUGAUCUUCUGGCCUUUGUAGAGACACGCUCGUUGUAGUGUGUUGGUAUAGCCGGAGCUAGGCUCGAGUUUUCGAGGGUUAGAGUUACCGAUGCGAGGGUAACAAUUACCAUGAUUACAGCAAAUGUAUUAAGGAUAUACAGGGAAAAUCGAUUUUGGUUCGAGUAAGUGUGAGGCUCGAGUUAUCGGCAGUCAACCAGUACAUCUUUUUUUUUUCCACGGUUUUACUGGCUGACUAUUGACUGACUGUUUUGGGCCUUAAAAAGACGCCUCUUCUCUUUCUUUUUAUAUGAAAAUGCACUUUUCUUCUUUCUUCAUAAGUGGAUCCCCAUUGCCAAGACAACGAUCCAUACUUAUGUCCGUGGCAGACUGCUAAAUUUCCACACCUUUGUCGGAGGACGUUUUAUAAAGGUACGUAAAAGUGGCAACUUUAACAAUUGUGCCAUACUCUGGGAAAAUUCGAAACUAAUGAAAGAACUAAUUAAAUAUGUAUAAUGCCGCAAGUAUUGGAAGUUUUGAAACUAUGGGAAUUCCCAAUCGGUUAAGAUCGUCAGAAAACUGAAUCAAAUACUGAAGUUGCUUCCAAUAACCAAAAAUCACCAAGAAGAAGGAUUUUAAUGGAGUCAACAGGACCACUAACAGUGCAACUACUAACAUGUAUCUGGCUCUCAAACUGCAAGAAAGUGGGCUGUUGUGUGCAAAGUAGGUCAGAACUAAAACGUUUUCUUUCAGAUUAUCCCGGGGCCAAAUCCAGAUGUUAUAUAUUUCACAAAUUCAAAACUACUUUUGCUUUUGAAAAAAGGUUUCAAUUUCAAUUUAUUUCCUGUAAAUUUUACAUUUGCUGCUAACAAAUGGCCAAAUUGCUUUAAAAUCUAUAGUACUGUGGCUUAGUGUCAUUCUAAUAUAUAGAUUUAGCCAGGGCUAAAAGCGAGGCUCCCAUUAAUAUAUUUAAAAUUUAAAUCAAACAAUAAACUUGUAUUCCACAAUUCAGUUAACUUUAGAGCACAUAGCACAUUCAUGUGACUUUUGAGGGAAAGGCUGAGUGACUUUAGAGAAAAAUAAUUUGCAAACAGCCUAAGAGUGAACAAAAUCUUACAUCAAGUUGAUAGCCUUAUAUGUACACCCAAAAAAUAGCAAUCAUCUUCGAUCACAUUUAGGAGCCUUAGUGGCUCUUGAUCACCGUAAGAUUAAUUAGGCCUGGAAAAAAAAUCAGGCCGAAUUUUUUUGCGUUCGACAAGUUUACUUUACAAAAUCUUGCCAACAAAUCCGGGUGCGUGUAAACCAACCUUUUAUACCAUUUAUACAUCACAUCUGAGGUGAAACAGUACUUUGAGGUACUGUUUUUAUCAUACAGACCUCAGACAGAAUGCAGUAUUUCACAAUUUUGCAACACAAAUUGCACUCAUUCAAUAUUCAGGACGAUCGAAGCACGCGUGGGCUUUUUAAACCGUUAAAAAAAUUUCCAAAAUCAUAUACGGCCAGCCGGUUCUCACCUUUGCAGUGCGAACUGUAGCGAGUGUUUGAACGAACAUACUAGAGUUAAGCUACAACAUAAUAAGGAAAUUAUUAUGUUUAUUCAGUUUUAUGAAAUGGUUUUAUCGAUGUGUAAUCUUUAAAAGCGCCGGUUUGAUACCCGCGGCACUGUGAGUACUCCUGCAAGCGAUGUUCACUGAACAACUGAAAACAAACGGCACGGCGAUUAAAAUUACAAGAGAGACUACCAACAAUCAAUAAAAGAAAUAUAAUUCGGUGAAACAUGUACAGAGACAACACUUUUCAUUGACGAAGACAAGUAUUAAAGUGUCUCUAAAAAUACUGACUCUUCAAGCUUAACCUGAAAGCUUAAGUUUAUGUUUUAAGCCGGCUUCCCGAUAUUUACUUUUUUCAAAGAUGAACUCGAGGCAAGAAAAUCGCUCAAAGCUUUCUUUUACAGCCAGAAUUAUAACUAAAUGUUUUUUGGAACGUUUUCUUUCUAUUUGCGGUGAGAAAAUGUCUAAAGGCUUUUUAAAGUUCUGUAAGCUUAUAUCAAACCUGAUUCUUGGUCAUAUCAAAUUGUCUCAAAUCUUACAAACGUGCACAAACUACAUAGCCGCAUAAACUGCGCUCGACUUCAUUAAAUUAGAUAUAAAAAACAAACAUCAAACACAAUAAUUACUGAGGCUUACCAUUCGACAUGCAGCUCCUGAAAGGUAUCAAGGAAGGCCAGUAUCGCUUCAGACUUUUCAACCCUUACGCAUCAAGCAAGGUGAAAAGCGAAAUCGAUGCCAUCCGAAAUCGGAUUUCCAACUUUGACAAGUAAUGUACUAUUUUCUCAACCAAAAACCAACUAGCCAUGAAUAACAGAAGACUCCUGAUAGCAGCUGAAUUUCAUUUUGUGCAUCCAGAGGAAAAAGACAGUUAAAAACAUCACAGGUUGACACAAAACUCUGUUAGCUUCAACUGUCAAAGUAAACAAGAUUCAAAAUGCUGCAUAAAUUUUCCGCAUGAGCUCACCUGUCAAAUUUUGACCGGUGAGAGAGUAAAAAUUGGACGUAGAGCGUGACCAACGUGUGACCAUGGUCAGCAAAGUCAAAAGCAACUGCCUUCCCCGCCUGUAAUAGCUGGCUGGAUUUUCGCGUCCGAGGUCAGUUUUAAAUCAAUAUUUUAAUUGUGCGGCACAAAUACAAAACAUAUUUCAUACAAAUUAAAAAACAAUCAAACUUGAGCCUGCGAUCAUUUGAAAACUAGUAACUUGUCAGCGGAUAACUUCAAAAAAAUACUCGACCUCGAUGGGUCAACACCUGAGCCCGCGAUACGGUCAAGUGAUACUGGUCAGCGGAUACCCUGUUUUGACAGCUGUCAAUUGAUCACAACAAUGAUGUCCAAUAGAUGUGUGCAUUAUCAGUUUUCCUGUGCUCUCAAAUUAGCUACCUAGAAAGUACGAGAUUGAACAUUGAUUACGAGCUAGUAAAACAACUGGUCAGCGGACAGCUUCCAAAUAAAUCACGUCACCUUGAUGAGUUGACACAUGAGCCCCCGAUAUGGCAAUGUGAUACUGGUCAGUGGCUAUCCUGUUUUGACAGCUGUCAAUUGACCAUAUUGUGAAUGGCCAAUAUAAAAGAUAUGGGUUUGCGAAGACACACCUGAGACAUCCCUCCCUUCCUUUUGAUAGUCUCCCCUACCCUACCCGUACAAUCUGUAGACGCGUACGUACGUACGUACGCUCGGUCAGUCACGUGACAACCAAAUGAAAAGAGGUUGACCAUAUUCUAUGAGUAUGGGGCUCUGUCCCACGCGCGCUUCGCGCACGAGGGAGCCCCGCUAUUAUUCCUUGGGUUAUACUCAGUGAAAUUGAUUAACUAGGACGUCACUGCCGUGGGCAACAGUGAAAGGCCAGAUUUGUAUGGACAUGAAUAAAGUAACCGAUACUUUUCACUCGUGUAAUGUGUCUAGAACUUAUUAUCACUUAUGUUUUCAGCCGUUUGCAAGAAAAGUUGUCGGACUUGUACUGUAUCGACCGGUAAGUUUUAAUGGCCACUGAAUGCCUCUUCUAGCUUAACCCUCAGGAAGUGCAAAUAAAGAGUAAGAGGUAUAUGACUGUGGGGGAGACGACGGCUGCCAUUUCAGACUACUACUUUAUAUCAAAUACCAAAAGGGUUUUUUUUUCCGACUUAACAUGAUUGAACCCAGUAACAUUAAACAAUAAGCCCUCAAGUAAAAAUCAAACACCCGCUCCCCAAACAUCUUCAUGUCGAGGUGGAAAUAUCAUUUGCUUGAAUUUUCUUCAUAUACGAUCCUACAAUUCUUUUUUUUUUUUUGAAAAAGGUGAGGAAGUUGUUAACAAGUAUUUAUUUUAUUUGAUUUCUUUUUUGGUAAGCGUCAACUAUUACAUAACACAGAGAAAAGUAAAACAAAGUAAUGGUAAUAAAUAUUUAUUGAAACAAUUAGACGCCCAAUAAGAUAUCAUGACAGCAGUGAGCCAAUGGUCCCCGUGCUUACUGCACGUUUCACAAACAUGCGAAUUCUACAGUUCAAAGGCCAACCAACGACUGCGUUUUUCGCUGCUGUCAUUCAUCUUAACGGACCUCUUAGGAAACUCAACUUUACUUCACGGGUUCAAAAUGUCAUGGUUUGUGAUUUGUGAUUGGUGGAUUUCGAUCCGUUUUGUGUGUUGCCCUGUUUCAAGUUUCGUUGCUAGUGAUCGUAAUUAUGAUUGACGGCAGCAAAAAACGCAAUUGUGAAAGUAGCUUUUGAACCUUAGAGUUCGCAUGUUUGUGAAAAGCACAGUAAACUAUGUGUAACUUUUAAAACACUUAAGCUAGUAUGAGCAUUAAAACAACAACGAAGACGGACAAACACAUUUAUACGUGAAACGUUACAUGACGGACAGAUGGUUUUCCAGGAUCCUGGAUCGGGCUGGGUCCUCUGCGUCGUAGUUAUGUUCUAAGGCGUCCUCAUAGUAUACUUAUGCGUGACGGAUUUGAAUUGACUGAUGUGAAGGUUGCAUGAAAGGUGAAGGUUAUAUGUUAAAGGUGGUCCAGAUUCUGGUGGAUGCAUUAAAAAAAAAGUGCCUGAAAAGUGACAGUAUGUAUAUUUAACAAUUAUUCGCCGAAGGCGAAGUUAAUAUUGUUGAAUAAUCCCUUAGACGAAGUCGAGGGGAUUAUUCAACGAUAUUAACUGAGCCUGAGGUGAAUAAUUGUUAAAUAUACAUACUGUCACACGAAGUGAUCUCAACAGAAUCAGAAAGGAAACCAUUAAAAAACGAUUAGUUUGAUUAACGGGUGAAUUCAUGCGUGAACACGAAGCCGUGAACAGUCCAUGCACAAAAGUUAGAUCUUUACAGUAUCUUCAAAUAUGGCAAAUGAUAGUUAUAAUCUUUUUGUAUCGAGUUUUGUAAGCUUUAGCAUCAACGGUUUAAAAGAAAACGCCAAAAAUUUAAAUUACUACCCAAUUCUGAGAAGAAAAGUAGAGCUUUAUUUGUUUCUGUCAACUCACCGUGAAUGAGAAAGUUUUCUUUGUCGCUUCUUGCAAAUGCUGUCAACAGCGGCUAUGAUCAAGGUGAGCGUUGUUUAUCUCCAAUGUUCUUUGCCUUGUUAACUUGCUGGCACCUACAAUUUUCGGAAAUAUUUACCUUCCUCUUUUUUUCCAUAAAUUAACUUCUAUUUACAUGCAAAAUAAUCUUGCGAGAAAAUCCCGAAAUCACAAAACAGUGACAAAGCGACCUCGUUUUCCUCUGUAGUGGUAAACAUAGCUUCGAGCGUAUAAAAAGUCAGCUACCGUAAACCACUUCACAAUAAAUCACGCUGUUCAAACACCAUGAAGUCUUUUCUUUCCUUCAAAGUCAUCAGCACUUGGAUAUUCCUGUAUUUUCAAAGAGGCUUUACUAUGAAACUUUGGCAAAACACCCAGUUCACGACAGCGAUUUUGUUCUGCUUUAUAUUCACGGCCUAGCGUGGUGAAUAUAACGUCAUAGUCCGAGAUAGCUAACCAAUCAGAUUGCUUGGAUUACCAAGAUCACUGAGUGUGUAUAAUUUAUACUAAAUAUUAUACAUAAGAAUGUAUAUCUAUCCGGAUUUUUGAAAACGUUACCGCCAAAAGGACCUUUUGCUUCCAACGUUUUUUUUUUUUUUUUUUGUUUGUUGUUUUAUUUUCAGUCACAAAGUAGUCUAACGUAGCCAUUACAAAAACAAAGAAUUCAACCAUUGCUUUUUCUCUCUUCUCCUCCUUUCCUUUUUCUUCGUUACUGUGAUUUUGGAGGUCACCUGGCUCAAGAAACAAGCCUUUGACACCUUUUCACUCGAAUGACUGCAAUUUCCGUCGUGUUGUCAGGCCAAUGUCUUUUUUAAGACGAAGAAGUUAUAUUUUAGCCUUUAUACAGGAAAGGUUUUCAAGUAACCUUGGCCGUAUUGUAAUUUAGGGCCACCCUGAUAAUUACUGCACGGUUAUCAGUUUUUAAAAGCUUUUAUUUUCUCCCUCUUAGUGUUACCAGCCACCACACCGUCACCAACUGUUUGCCUUCAGAAGACAACAUCAGGCAAAUGUUGCAGUAUUCCAUUCAAAUACAGGGGAGUGACCUACAAGUCUUGCACUUCUGCCAAUCACAACAGACCCUGGUGCUCCUUUGAUCUUGUGUAUAAGGGAAGAUGGGGCAACUGCCGUGAGUUUAAAAUACGUUAGUCUGUCUGUUAAAGGAUUAUAUUAUCAAAUACCAAGACGUACUUUUUUUUCUGUUUUGGUGUCAACAGUUACUGCAUCGUGCCCUCAGAAAACUACCUCAGGCCAAUGUUGCAGUAUCCCAUUCAUUUACAAGGGAGUGAUCUACAAAUCUUGCACUUCUGUUAAUCACAACAGACCCUGGUGCUCCUUGGAUCCUGUGUAUAAAGGAAAAUGGGGCAACUGUGGUGAGUUUUAAAUUAACUUUUGUUAUAUUGAGGCAUCUUCCCUGCCUUUUCAGACUGACUGAUUAGAGACGGAUAAGCAUCAGAAAAGUGAAGGGGGUGGGAUUAAAAAUCUAUAAUGUAAUAUUCGCGUUUCAAUUUCUUGUCCCAUUCAAGCUAAGGAAAAAACACUGAAAAAUGCACACAUGACGAAGCAAGAAGUUAAUAUGCAAAACAGAAACUCCCCACCCCGUUCUUCACUUUGUAAUGGUUUGUCCCUUGUCAAUAAAAUUAAUCACAGGUGACUUUAGAGAUUCCCGCGCUCUUAAGGUGAUGUUACAUGGGACGAUUCGCAACGACGAUUUUUAGCGAAACACAGCGUUGUAAUGUUGGGACAAUGUUGUAACCGUUGGAAACAAUGUCGCAACAAUGUUGCAACACUCUAUAGCGCUAAAAAUCGUUUUUUGCGAAUCGUCUCGUGAAACAUCAUCACCUUUAAAGUUGGCAAAACGAAACUUUUAAACCACGUUCAUUAGGCUGGGUACAGAAACAGAGCCAAUUUACGGAAAUUAACUGUUUACAUUUAAGCAAUGACGUAAAAAGCUUGAUGAUGGUUCUUCAACAAGAAAUCAUCGAAUUCUUUGUCCUUUUAUAUGAAAGAAAAUCAGGCAGCGCUGUCUACCAAAAUGGUUAACAAUUUAAAUUAACAAAACUUACAGCCGUUCACUACUACCGUAUUUGAGGCCGUUUUAACUAAUUGAAAACAAAGAAAAGGAGGGACCAUCCCGCACUGUCCACAAAAGAAUAGUGGCACAUAAAAGAUUUCCGCAAGUCAAUCGUUUUUUUCUCUAUGCCAUGAUGAAGGCUUCAUUGUAUUUUUCUCAACAGAAAAGUUACCCUGUUAUUUUUAUUGACGGAGUUUAAGAGCGGAUGUCAGUAAAUAUCGACCAGAGGUCUACAAAAGUGAAAAAUCGAAAAUUCUCAAAAAAAUUCACAAAGUAGCACUAGGUAAGCUAUUAACAUAAAUGUAAUUUUUACUUCGAUCCGAUAAUUAUUUUCCACGUACGGGGGGGUUAUUGGUUUCACGGCUCUCGGAGCGGGUUUUCCAGGCCCGAGACCAUGUGUCACAAAAAAAUCGUUUUAAAAUUCAAAUCCAUCGUAAUGCGGACAACAAAUAACUUAUUCAGAAGAGUACAUAAUUGCACACAUUUUAAGUGGUGAUUUACUCAGUUUGAACGAAAAUGUAAUAUUUUGGAGAUUUUUCAUUAUUUUCAAUAUUUUGAACGUUUUCGUUCAAUGAAAAAAUGGCAAAUUUCAAAGCCCCAAAUCGUCGACUGGUACCUCGAUUUCAGUAACGAGUCUUAUACCACGUUAAAGAGCGUUAUCUCUUCUUUCAAAAUCUGUUUUCAAAACUACGGGCAACUGAAAAGAAAAUUUUUGAGGUCAAAAAAUACAAGUAGUACUUUUCUGAAAUUUGAGCUUUCCAGACUCAGCGGACCGAUGCUAAAAACUCAGAAAAAUGCAAUAAGAAAUCAGUUUGAGCAACAGUGGUUUAACGUUAUCAACUAUCAGAAACAAACACGUGUUUAUCGAGCGAUCUGAUAAAAUUUAAAGCCGUUUUCCAACAAGAAAAGCGGAGUUUAGCCAUCUUCUGCUACCAAACGCACGAGUCACGUAAGGUUGUCAAAAGGCAAAGCACAGUAAUAAACUUCAAAAAGCACAACGUUUCUGCGUCCAGGAAUUAGACUUUAGCGGACAGAACAAGGCCUACGAGUGUAUGUUUCAUACCUUAGCAUGGGUCUCCUAGAUAUUGGAAGUAAAAAACAUCAAGCACAGCAUCGGCAAAAGCGUCUUCGGCUGCUCUCAAACGACGGAGAUUGCGUUACUUUUCACAGAUUGACCGCUUACCACCUGUUUUUGGGCUCGCAUUUCGACGGAUCUGAACUCUUCUUCACGAGACAUUGAACUGAAUUUAUCGGAAAUAUGCCACCACCACCAAUAACACGAGCUUUUUUCGGGUAUUUGUCGUGUUUUAUACGAAAAGUUCGGGUAAGCAGAUUCACGUAAAAACCAUUUGGCUUAAAAAAUGUGUUUAAAAGCCCACCCUGGAUUUGAAGCAAAAAGUAUUUCCUCGAAAUAAGCUAAAAAGAACCCAAUUCACGCGGUGAAAAAAUGGAUGAUUAUGGAAGGAUUAUCGAAUUCUUGCCUAACCUGAGGGAUUUCCCAGUUUCCCGUGAUGUAGGAUUAGGGGUAGGAAAAAAGCCCAUAACCUGCUCCUGUCGUUGUAAAUUUCCUCAAGAUCAAAAAUUUCAGUAAGAACCGAAAAAACAGCUUAAAGGAGGUGCACACACCUUGACCUAGCCAGGGAAGAGGGGCUUCUGAUUGAGCUAAACUGUCAUUGAUGCACGGUGCAAUUAGUUAGACCUGUUACUAUCCCCCGCGCAACCACAGGAACAAGUCCAGCCAUUUGGGCCCGGGAGUGGGGAGUACUUUUGAAGCGGUCCUGUUGGGGAGUUUUGGGGGUAGGGGGCGGGGAAAAUCGAAAACAACUUCUCUUUGUUUUUGUGAAGUACAUCAUUUCUCGCACGGUUGACAAGGUGACGGCGGACUCCAUAGCUGUGGAAAGGCCCUUUUGAAACAUGUGCCGGCAACAUGCAGGGCAUCACGAAAUUGACGUCAACACCUUGAAUCAACUCCAUGAACAGGGAGAGGCGAUAAGUCCCAUCUUAAAAGAUGCUUGAUGUCUAGACGUGAAUAGUCUGUCCGCAGUCAUUUUUCAUUUUGUAUAUCGGGACCAUUUGAUAGCGCACGAGUGAACCGGAGCGCAGUAACGAGCCCUAACCCCACCCAAUUGCCCUUGCGGUCAAUAAAUCAUCGCGUUUUUCAUUUUUUUUAUGCGCGUUCGAGAGCCUCCAAAGGGAAUAUUGAGGGUCUUUGUACAGUUUCAGUUUAUUUUACCGACAAAAAAGAACAAAACAAAGCAAAAGACAAGUAUACAGAAAUACGCAGAAGCAAUGUGGUGGGGAAGCCCAAAAAGAAACCAUAAGGCUUAGGUCACCCCCUUUUCGUUCGUUUAGCGUUGAAUAGGUUUCCUGGCUUGGGUGGGUCGGUCGGUGGGGUGAAAAAAAAUCACAAGAAAUCUGAGAACAGGAGGCCUGAAACACCAGCAUCAUUGCCAUGGAGCCUGAAAACAACAAGACAUGGUCACCAAAUCGACACAAACUCAAUAUUGCGGAAAAUGUGAUGGUCAAUUUCAUAAAAAAAAGGCCCAAAAAGGGUAAAAAGCAAAAAGGAUACACCACCGAACUUUUUAUGCCUGGAAAUGCUGUUAUAAUGCUCAUUUCUUAGAUUAAAAGAAUUAAUUUAAGUCCAAAAAAAUAAACCUUGUCGUUUCUUUUUCUUGCUUUUUUAAAAAAAUCCCAAAAAACUGGGUCUGUUGGACAAUACUAAACAAAGAAAAAAUUAAUAUAGGUAUUAAUGUCCCUUAAAGUAUAAAAGUAUAAGUUUACAAGGACAGGAUCGAACGUAUACUGAGUAACUAAAUGAUAAAAAUUUGAUCAAAAUUAAAUGAAAGGCUAAAAGCCUAAGCGCUGUCUGAUAACGAAACUGUAAACAAGAAGUGCUGCCUGUCAUUUAAUAGAGACGUGAAAUACUGGGUAGACCACAUCCUGAACUCCUGCGAAAACCGGAAGAGAGGAACGCUCAGGGCUAAGGAGACUAAACAGGGGCGUAGCCACUUGUAUGCACGGUUCGCACGUGUGUACCCGAAAACGUUGAGGAGAAAAAAUAGGAUGAAAUAAACAAAACUAAAAAAAUCGGUUUCCAGAGAAGCGAGGACAUUAAUUGGAGAACCGAACCUUGGAUGCUUUAUUUAUAUAGUAAGCUUGAUGAUGUAAAGCGUGAACGCGUUGUUUUCUCCACGACCUGUCUUCGGAGUAGACGAAGUAGGGCACAAUUACGUCAAUGUGUGGUGUUUUUGUCGGUCAAAAAUAAUGUGACAAAAAAGGGUAAAAAGAGUCAUUUGUAAACUAAAGUCGGAGGUACUACAAGCUUGAUUUUUAAUAGCUGAAUUAAUGAUAAACGGUUGACGUCAAUGAACAUAACAAGCCGACAGAAUUAAAGAAUUUUAGAGGUUGUGUCAUUUCAUAAACAGCAAAAAUGCUUUUGCUUACAACCGUUAACCCCACCUUUAAUAUAGGCACCUUAAAAAAUGUUGAGAUUUGGGGUGGGGAGGGGGGGAGACGAUGUAGAAAAAGCUGGGUGUACCUCCGGAAAAAUCCUGACUACGCACCUGCUAAAUCCUGAAACUGAACAACAGGCGUCCUCAGUUAUCAUCUGUCCGGGGUCGUACUUUCAAGGAAGCGCUGAUCAAGAAUCACUCAUAACGGAAUGAAAACUCCUCGUAGCUUCCAGCGAAAAAAGGAGUGACAACAGUGGUAAGCGGUCGUUCUGUGAAAUGUAACGCAAUCUCUGCCGUUUACGAUCUUUCGGCGCUUGGAUUUAAAACGUUGUUGUUUGGUAUGUUCUCCUGUGUGGAUACUUGACCUUUCCAAUGUAUGGAAACACCAUGCUAAGGUACGAACAACAGACAUUCACAACAUUGUUUUGUACGCUAAAAUCUGCUUUCAUGGACGCAAAACGUUUUGAAUUUUAAGACUUUUUAAUAUUAGUGCUUUGCCCUCCCUUUGACAACUUCACGUGACUGGUGCACUUGGCAGGAGUUGACAGCUUAAAUCUGCCUUUCUUGAUAGCAAACGGCAUUAAUUUAUAUCAGAUCGCUGUAUAAACACGUCUUGGUUUCUGAAAGCUGAUAACUUGAAGCCACUGUUUCUCAAACUGAUUUCUUGUUGUAUUUUUCCGAGUUUUUAGCAUCGGCCCGCCGAGUCUCAGGGGAGUCUGGAAAGCUCAAAUUUCAGAAAAGUACUACUUGUAUUUUUUGACCUCAAAAAUUUUCUUUUUAGUUGCCCGUAGUUUUGAAAACAGAUUUUGAAAGAAGAGAUAACGCUCUUUAACGUGGUAUAAGACUCGUUACUGAAAUCGAGGUACCAGUCGACGAUUUGGGGCUUUGAAAUUUGCCAUUUUUUCAUUGAACGAAAACGUUCAAAAUAUUGAAAAUAAUGAAAAAUCUCCAAAAUAUUACAUUUUCGUUCAAACUGAGUAAAUCACCACUUAAAAUGUGUGCAAUUAUGUACUCUUCUGAAUAAGUUAUUUGUUGUCCGCAUUACAAUGGAUUUGAAUUUUAAAACGAUUUUUUUGUGACACAUGGUCUCGGGCCUGGAAAACCCGCUCCGAGAGCCGCGAAACCAAUAACCCCCCCGUACGUGGAAAAUAAUUAUCGGAUCGAAGUAAAAAUUACAUUUAUGUUAAUAGCUUACCUAGUGCUACUUUGUGAAUUUUUUUGAGAAUUUUCGAUUUUUCACUUUUGUAGACCUCUGGUCGAUAUUUACUGACAUCCGCUCUUAAGCCCUUUCCCGAUCGCAAACUGAUCAUAAAACUGUUAAAAUUUGAUAACUUGUUUCCGCCACUACGACAUUCUAGCUAAAACCCGUAGUAGACUGACGACCGAUACCUCGUAAGCAUUCUUUGCCUCUGUAUUUUGCCGGGCAUGCUGUUACCCCUCGACGGAUCUUGUGACGUGGUAGACGCGUUUAAAUAUUUUCGAGAAGAAAAACAAAAAAAACAACAACAACAACAUGCAUUUCAUUACAUUGCGUCACAACUGUUCAAUUGCAGCUGGUGCUGGUUGGGGUCGUUGAAUCUACAAACCACUAUAAGUGAGUAUUGACCUGUAUCAGCGUAUAAAAGUUCCUUGUACUAGUCAAUUUAUAACUACGCACCCAGUUCAUAAUGAAUUUUUCACUUCAUGCUGUUCAUCUUUGAUUUAUUAGCACAAGGAAGCUUAAAUACAUAUAUGUGACUUUAUAUCAUGCACCCUGGAUUUGGAAGAAGGACUAGAAUCUAUGAAGAAUACAUGAUGAUUUCAAUCAAACAAAACUUAAAAGCUAAUCUUGAUAAGAAAGCUUUCUUGGUCUAAAGCAAAUAUUUAAAUAUUAAUCUAAAUAGUGUGAAACAAUAAAUGAAUUAAUAAUAAGCAAAACAGAUACACCUAAAAAAUGUCACUGUUUUCUUUUCUUUUCUUUUUUUUGUUUUUGCCUCCUUAUAUCACUGACAUCAAUGAUCAAAAUUUGAUGACCGCUUGCUUGUCGCGAAUAAUUAACCAGUCUUGUUGUGUGAAAAAUAUU